GAGGAGGAGGAGGAGGAGGACGGCGGCGGCUCCGAUCGCCUUUGGAUCUCUUUCUCGCCCUCGCUCUCCGUUCCGGCGGCUUCGCCUCUCGUGCACGGUCGCGCCUGGCGCUGCGCUGCCCCGGCCGGCGGGAUGGCCGCGCUCCUGCUGCUGCCGCCGCCGCCUGCCCCGCCGCUCCUGCUGCUCCUCCCGCUGCUCUGCUUGCUGUGCCACGGCCCCGCCGGCAGCCUCGGCAACCGGCACGCGGUGCAUUGGAACAGCUCCAACCCGCAGUGAGUACCGGACCCGGUGGUUUGGGGGUGGUGGGUGGGAGUGGGGUCGCGGGAGAAGGGAUGGGGGGACGACGGUGGUUUUUUUUUUUUUUAAGGGGGGUUGCUCCAGGAGAAGAGAUCGGGCUCCGUUAGUCCGUUUGCGCCUGUAUAUCCCUGGACCCCCGGAAUUUGCCCCGGCGCGGGAGGCGAAGGUGGGUGUUAGGCAAAGAGGGGUCGGCGGGUGAGGUGGGAGAGGGCGCGCGUGCACUGCAUAAGGGGGGGGUGUCUGGGAGGAGGGGGUGCGCGUGCACGUGGACGGGGCGAGGGCACGUGCGCGGUGGGGAUCGGGGUCCGCGCGUCGCCGGAACCUGGGGAUGGGGGAGCAGAGAUUUCAUGGGGGGGGGGAGGGAGCGGGGUUGUCUGCUUUUUGUCUGUGCGUCGGGAGAGAUCCUGCAGAAUAUGAAGCUUCCUCUGCCCCCCCCUUCUCUCCACCCCUUUCCUUCCUAAUCGCCCCCUCCCCCAGUCUGGCGGCUGUCUGGACUGGGACCCCAGUCUCUCUUCUCUCUCUCUGUCUCCACCCCGCAACUCACCGGCACCCCCGUCUCUCCUUGCCCGUCUCCGUCCCCCCACCGUCUGUUUCUCCCCUCUAGUUUUUGCAAUUUCAGCUCUGCUCCGCUUCUUAACCCCCCCCGCCGCCGCCAAAUUCCCCUAAAUCCAGGCACCGUGGCCUCCAUAGUGAGGUGUGUUUAGAGAGGGGGAGCGGGGCCGUCUGCGCUUUCCGAGCGAGUUUAUUUGUUUAUUUCCUUGACCGUCGGUUUUUUUUAAAAGGACAAUUUCUCCUUAGUUCAGGGGUUUCGGGGGGGUGGGCUCGAUCAGACCGCGGUUGAAGGGCAACAGAGUCCUCUGUGUGUGAGAGAGAGACAACGUGACCUUUGCACCCCCGUGGGCACUACCAGCACCCAAAACUUGGGUGGCACACACUAUUUGGGGGGGGCACGCUCUGCCCUUUUUUUUAAUAUAACCCUCCCGAUCGAGAUCUCCCCAUGCCUGCUGCUACCCCCAGGACUCUCGCCACAGACAGGAUGCCCAACCUUGAUCGUGUGUGUGUGUGUGGCGUGACCUAUAUAUCCGAGCCUAGGUGUGACUCCAUGUGCCAAACCCUCGCCAGCCCUGGCACGGGUUCCCGGCUGUUUGUGGGGCUGAGCCGCGAGACUGGCAGAGAAGACACACGCCUACCGAUCUGUAGGCACGGCAGAUGCGGGGGGACGUCGAGCGCCCUGCCCGCCUUGCAUCCCCGGAGCACCCCGUGGCACGUGCCCAGGCAGUGCCGGGGCUCCUCUGGGAACUGGGCGAGGUUUUUUCCCCUUCUUCUUCCUCCUCCUCCUAACUGGCUGCUGCUUAGCGAGAGAGAGGGAAGGCUGUGGGGUGUUUAUUGCAAAGAGAAAGGCAAAGUGCCAAGGGAGAAUCUGUCUCUCUUGAACAUUCAUGCAGGGAUUUGGAGUGUGUGUGUGUUUGCAAGGACGGAAGCUGCCUGAUUGAUGCCUAAUCAUUUCUCAAACCCCCCCCGUAUUUUUUUAAAAUGCCUCUUUUAAAACCAUCCGAGACAGGCAAGGCCGGUGUUCAUCCUAGCAUAGCCUUCUCUGGAGUCUAGAGAGAGACUUGGUGCUUCUAACUCAGUGCGGUCUACACUGGCCGGCAGCAGCUCUUUCAGGCAGGGAGAUGCCAGGGAUCCAACUUAGGACCACCUGCAUGCAAGGACAGAGGCUCCUCCUGCUCAGCUGAGGCCUUUCAGCAUCACCUUUUCACCCUUUCCAAAGGGGCUCACCUGCCUGACCCUUCCUUUGUAAAUUUGCCAGGACACCACAAAGGAAACGGGCUGCCUGGAUGUGAGUGUUUGGGAACACACACAGAGAGAAGGUGUGUAGUGUGUGUGUGUGUGGGGAGGUUAACCAGGGGGGGCUGACAGUGGGGAGCUGCAAGGUUUGAAAGCUGGAGGCAUUAAGGGCAUUCCUGCUCCAUAUUUUUUUGUUUUCCCAAGUGGGAGGGAUCUGAAAGAUAUUUAUCGCACACACCAUCUCUUGAUUCUCUUUUGUUUCAGAAGGAGCGUCAUUUAGCCGGCUCUAUUGACUGCUGGGCUCCGUGUUUACACGCUGGCGAUAGAUAGCAAGUGAGAGGGGGAAUUGUACACACCUCCCCCCCCCCCCCAGUUUGCUUAAUAUGAGUCAGUUAGAGCUGCUUCCACGGGCCUGCCACUUGUAUUUUGAAGUGAUGCUGAAGUGUAAUGGGGGGGGGCGGUAUAUAAUUUGGCCUAUCCCUCUUUAUUCAUUCAUGUGUGGUCCACUCGAAUUCCUGGUGGAGUCCUGGUGGCCAGCAAUGUUUUUCCCCCCUCUCUCUCUCAUGUGGCGGGAGGCUGAUUAAUCAACAAAGCCACCUGAUUUCUUUACAGGGCCCAGGCAGGGCCUGCUGUGUGGCAGCAAUCCUUGGCUGAGGAAGACGUGGUUCUCGGCUUGUGUAGGGACGCCUACCCCCUUUUAUUUACGUGCGUAACUCCGGGAUCGAACCUCCAACAGCAGCGGCGUUGAUUCCCAAGUGCAUUUAGCUUGACCGGCAGCUGCUGGUGCCACGAGUGGCCCAGAUCUAGAGACUUGAACAGAAAAGUGUUGUUUUGCAAGGUGGGACACCUUGCCGAGUCGCCGUUUCUCUGCGUGAUUCCACCCUUCGCUUUUUUAAAAAAAAUAAUAAAUCAAUGGGGGCUUUAAGUAAUAAUCUGGAAAUUGUAAUGGCCGCCGAACAGAGCCACAGGGAGCCAGAUCAAUGGGGGAGUUAACAGCGCCUGUGUGUUGCAUCUCUAAUGCUCUGCCCAUGGGGUGAAGCGAAGGAAGGGACACGGCCGCCGUGGGGAGACCAGGGCAGCAGCGUAAGUGGGCGGCGCCAGGCACAGGCCCCUAAAAAUGGGUUCUGGCUUGGCUUGGGAACAGGGUGACCCUCUGGAGGCCCACUCAGGCCAGCGCCUGUUUCCUACUCCCCGGUGGCAUAUCCAUGCCGCUUUGCGUCUGUGGCUUCCAUUUUCUCUGGGACUUGUCCGUUAACCGACGCUGGGAAGGACGGGUCGAGCCUGGAGUCCACGUGUGCCCGGCUGUCUGCAAAUUUCUCUCCCUCCUGCUCCCCAGUGUCUGUCCGUCCGUCCGUCCUUGGUGCGUCUGGGUCUCACGCCCUCCGUUCGUUCCCUCUCCCGCGCCUCCUUUCUGUGUGCCUCGAGGGAGGACUGUCUCCUUUGAGAAUGUCUUCUGAGGCGGAAGCCCAGGCCCCAUAAAUUGCGCCUCUGAAUUGGGCGCUGGCGGGCGCCACACAAUGGCGGAGCAGCGGACGCGGGGCCCUUUGCUGGGGGGGGACCUCCCCACACACCCAGCCCCCUUCCUCCGGCUAAAAAGCUUUCUAACCUGACCUGACUUUUAGUGGUUGUGUGUGAAUGUGUGCGUGUGUGUGUGCGGCGCAGGGGUGGGGGUGGCAGUUGAAGAGAGAGGAUGGUUGCUAAGGAGCCGUAUCAAGGGCUCAGGUAGAUCUGCUCUGCAGAGCCUGACCCACAAUGCACUGGGGCUGCCUUGGCGGCAGUGAUGGCAGUGGUCACAACGGGCCUAGCUCACCUGGCUUGGCUUAUUUCCCGCGAGGCCUCGGCACCCCUUUCCUCUCUGGGCGCCACGGACUCUUUUUUUGGGGCCUAGCCAUUUGAUGGUUGCCUUUGCUGGGGUGUCGGGGAAAGGCUUCGGUUUGGCUCCUUUCCCUUCGGUCUUUACGUCCCCGCCAACCGCGCCGUGGGUGUUGGGCCCCCGCCUUUUGUGGUGAGCCGAGGCGUGUUGUUGGGGGGGCGGGGGGUCCCUGCCGCAGAGCCGAGUUGCCGGCGCGUCGGGGAUAUUUAUGGCGGAGCAGUGCGGCAGUGUUGGUUUCACUGCAGCCGCACGCGCCGUACAUAGCCUUGCGCGCUGGGAUUUUGGGGAUAAAUUAUCGGCGGAAUUGGUCCUUGUGGGGCCCCGGUCACCGGGUGUUUAGAGAAGCCAUAAACAAACCCCUGUGAGACACCUGUCAUGGGGAUGAGGUUGCUCUGGAGACAUUUUGACCUGACAGCGUUGAAGGCUGUUCCUGCGGCCUUAGGGUGCUGGGCUUUGAGAACAAGCGCAGUAGCCCUUCUUGGGAUGGAGACGAGACGAUGCCCCAUUUCUUCCACCUCUGGGAAGCUGCUUGCUUUCCCCUAUUCCCCUGGAGAGACAUUAGGGAGCAUUCCUUCUCCUCCGUACAAAGCUUGUUUGUGUUUAUGAAUAUCCAGUUUUCCUCUCAUUCCAACUGCUGCUGAAUCAGGUUGCUCUUAUUAUCCAGGAUCGGGGAGGGAAUGAGUUUUUUGACGUCUGCCCUGUCCCCCGCCCCCAAACCCGUUUCAUCAAUGCGGCGUCUUACACAAAGAGAGAGAGAGAGAGAGAGAGAGAGAGAGAGAACGAACGUGCCCCACUGGUCUAUUUCUGCCUGCUUUGACUUAUGUGUGCCACUCUCCUCAGGACCACAUUUCCUGUAAACCCACAAUGAGAUGGAGGUUUGCCAUUGGUUUUGGAGGCUCCAAGAUGGCUUCAACGCUAGGUUUUCGCUCCAUCACCCGUCCCAUCACCUUUCAGUAACCGGCAUGGCCUUAGUGGAUUACCCUUAGGUCGAAGAAACGCUUUGCAUUUCUGGGAGUUUGAUAGGUUUUUUAAAAUAAAUAAAUAAAAAUUGGCUGCAGAGUUCCAAAAGAGCCAUGGUUCUUACAUUUUUCUAGGCACUUGGGUGAACUGCAGCCUGGGAUUUUCCCAGAUCGGACAUCAACACAACCCGAUCCUCUCCUCCAAAUAUUGUAUUAGACAUGAAACUGAUGCCACCUGCCUGAGUUUGGUCUCCCAUCCCUUUUAUUUUUAAGUCUCUCAUGCCUGCUCCGAGAUUAUGGUGGCGGUUGUUAUUGUUGUCCUCAGACUCCCUGCAGAAAAGGUGUCCUCCGCUCCCCAAAAAUCUCUGGGGUCCACACCCCUCUUGCUUUUUAAGCAGGUCCCUGUGUCACACUGGUGUGUAUCUGUGUGUUUUUCCGGACAAGGGCAGAUGUGACUGGUGUGCUGAUGAGCUGCAGAGCUGCUGAUUGGUCCAGGAUGGGCGGAGGAAAGGUUGGGAGGUGGUCUUCUUUAGAGGGUCCUGCAUACAAAAGCUCCACACAUCUCUCAGUCUUAUUUCUCAGUCUUCAGACUAGGUUCAAACGCUCCCUGCCCCUUUAAAAACAGAGAGCCAACUGGAGUCGGUUGGGGAAUAGCUUGAAUUAGGAAACCUUUAAACUUCUUACCAUUUUCUUUUAAAAAGGCAGGCUGGCAUGUUAUUCAUGGAAGGUUUCUAGUCCUCAUGCUCUGCAAGCAGGGAACAGUGUUAGAAACAUCAAUAGUAUGGGGGUAUGUGGAACACUGGCAUUAUCUUAACAGGAGGGAGAAGAAUACCAGCUUAAAUUUUGCCACAUUUUAGUGGGUAGACAUCUGAGUAAGAUUGUGUGCGUGUGUGUGGAAAUACUCCCAAUAUUCUUUAUGGGGCUAUCAAAUCUGUGUUUCGCAGCCCUGUUGAGCCAAGCGUGGGGAAUCUGCGCCCCACUGGAAGUGUUCAGACUACAACUCCCAUCAUCCAUAACUGAUGGGAGUUGGAGAGCCACUGAUUCCCCAUCUUUGGCGCAGAGGGAUUUUUUGGCGGGGAGGGAUAUUGGUAGGUCACAUUCACAGCUUCCUCCUGUGAAGGAAUUUCUAUGCAGGAAAUUAACACACAAACCGCGGAAAGCUUGUUGCAAGCUGUAUUCUCGCAUGUGGGUUCACAUGGCUUGCGAAUGUGUGCUGAGCAUUUCAGACCCCAUCCUCACCAUCCGUUUAAAGCACUCUGAUACCACUGUGUCCCCCAGAUAAUCGUGGGAACUGUAGUUUAAGGGCUCUGAGAGUUGUUAGGAGGCACUCCCACAUAGAGCUACAAUUCCCACAGGUCCCUGGGAAGAAGUUCAAUCUGUGGCGUCUCCAGGUAGCCUUGCCUAUCUCAUGGGCUUGUAGUGGACUGACUACAGCAGGGUAGGGACUCUUUGGCCCUCUGUAUGUUGCUGGACUUUAACUCCCAUCAGCCCCUACCAAACAUUGCCCUUGCCCAGUGGUGAUGGGAGUUGCAGUUCAGCAACAUAUGGAGGACCAAAUGUUCCCCUUCUCUGAGCUACAGGCUCAUACAAGGCCAUUUUCCCGGUGGCAACUUGGAAUCCCUUCCAGGCGAUGAUGCAGAGAAGCUACCCAAAAGCCGGUUGUCUUCCUUUCAGACCCGCAGAUAUUUAUACAUAAAGUUGGGCAGGCAGACCAGCUAGGAAAGGAGAUGUCGACUAGGAACUUGUGUGGACGUGCUGGUGAGGCUGGGCUCCUAACCCAUGUGCACACCGUGAGGAGGAGCUCCCCGGAGGAAAGGCAAGAUUCAGAUGUGAUGCAUAUCUCAAACCCACAGAGCCUGUGUAUACGAUCAUGGCGCUCAACACCCUGUAGCAAGGUUGGGCAAGCUGUGGCCCAGCUAGCCUGGCCAGUGCUCAAGGAAGAUGGCCAGUAGCCAGGGACAAUGGGAACUGGAGUCCAACAACGUGGUUCCUCAUCCUUGGGAUAGCUCAGUCGGUAGAGCAUGAGACUUUUAAUCUUGGGCAGAAGAUUCCUGCAUUGCUGGGGUUUGGGCCAGAUGACCCCUGUGGUCCCUUCCAACGCUACAAUUCUAUGAUUCUGUAAAAAAACCACAAGGAACACCUCUCCUCAUAUAAAGGAACCCAGACCCAGAGAUCAUCCUUUGAGGCCCUUCUUCAUGUGCCUCCUCCACGAGAGGUCCGGAGGGUGGCAACACGAGAACAGGCCUUUCCUCUGGGGGCUCCCUGUUUGUGGAAUGUUCUCCCCAUUUGUGGAAUGUUUGGUGCCUCCAUUAUAUACCUUCAGGUGCCAGGCAAAAUGUUCUUAUUUGCCAGGCCUUUGGUUGAUUCUAUGGCCUUUUAAAUGUGUUUGUGGGAUGGGGGGGUGGUUAUGCUUUUGUUUUGACUAUAUAUUUUGUAGUUCUUAUCCUGUAUUCUUACGUUGUGAACUACCCUGAGAUCUUCGCCCUGAUCGCUUCUCGGCCUUUUGGCUUAGAUCAGGGCCUAUCAUGCCCAACAACCUUUUUCCAUAGCAGACGAUUGCUGCAGUGUUAGAAAUUAGCCAGGGGCCAGGCGCAUUUUGCCGCUGGCUUGGGUCCAAUUGCAACCACAUGGAGAUCUCUGGAUGCCAGGCGGGCGACUAGGGAAAACCAAAUGUCAUUUAGAAAAGAAGGCUCUGGAAUGUUUUCCUUGAAGCCUGAAUUUGUUUUCUUCUGGAUUGUUUUAUUUGAUGUUUUAAUGUGUCGUAAACCACUUUGAGAGUUGCUCUCUAAAAUGUAAAGCUGCAUAGAAAUGAAAUGAAUAAGAAUAAUACUAAGUCCAAUUGCAAAAAAAAAACAAAACAAAAAAACACCACAAAAAACCCAGCUUCUAGACAUUUUGUUGUGGCAGCUAUGACCUAGGUUUAAGGUGCCAUUUGGCGAUUAGUUUAUAUAUCUGAAUUUCUAACACUGCCAACAAGAUGCUUAUGGGAAACCUACAAGCAGGACUUUGAGCACCACAGUGCUCUCUCCAACAGCAGACUAGUGUUGGGCAAUACCAGUUUUUCAGCAUCGCAGUACAGUGGUACCUCUGGUUGCGAACGGGAUCCGUUCCGGAGGCCCAUUCACAACAUGAAAAGAGCGCAACCUGCAGCGGCAUGUCUGUGCACGUGCAGGUUGCGAUUGGCUUCUGCGCAUGCACGUGGCGUCAUUUUGCGCUUCUGCACAUGCGCGAGCGGCGAAACCCGGAAGUAACCCUUUCAGGUACUUCCGGGUUGGUGCGGGACAUAACCUGAAAGAACGUAACAUGAGGUAUGACUGUAUAUCACCAGCCAAACAUCUGGCGAUAUACCGCGGUGUUGAAAACACAAGCUGCAUUGGCCUCAGCCUGCAAGGUGAAAUUGCCACAGCUCUCACCAUCCCCAGUGCCACCCCCCACUUGUGGCGGGUGCCAGUGCCGGGCUGGGGGAUCCCUUGAUUGCUUGGAGGGGAGCGGCAACCACACUCGCCUCAGCUGAGCAGUUAAAAGAUCCAGAAGGAGGAACAAGCUGUAUUGGUGCCUCGCCAAUGUAGCUUUUUUCUCCCUGUGCACAGUUAUGAGGUCAGAGUGGGAUGUCAGCUUCACUCAGCUGUAUAUCGCUGGUAAAACCGCCACCACUCCUGAGUCCUUCUGCUAGCGACGCUCCGCUGGAGGAAGUCGCUAGCAGAGGGACUCGGGAACGGUGGCCGUUUCACCAACGAUAUACCGCUGAGUGAAGCCGACAUCACGGUCUGCUCCUCAUACCGGUCCUGGGUGAUAUAUUGAUGUAUCGCCCCAGCCAAAGCAGACACAGCCUUCAUAUCUCGUAGCCAUUAAUCCAGUCUGGACUCCUGUUCUUGCGACACCCAGCCAGAUGCACCAGUAGGAAGCCCCCAGCUGAACCUGAGCUCAGCAGCAUCAACUCUCCCCACCUGCGAUUCCUAGCAUUUGGCAUUCAGCAGGGCACUGUCUCUGGCAGUCGAUGUAGGAACAUAGCCAUGGAUAACCCUGUCCUCCAGGAACUAAGCCAGCAUCCCUGCUGCAUUGAGGGUGUGUGUGUGGCUUCUGCCCCAAGUCCUUCCUUGACAGCAUCGCUGCUCAGGAUCCUGGGAAAUGGGAUGUUUGGCUUGGCAGGCCAGUGGCCCAAUCCAGCACAGCUCUCUUCGCUACAUGCUAAAGCACAUUUGCUCCUAAGAGCAUCUUCUUUUAUGUACCGGCGCAUCCAGCGAUGUAACACACAGAAUGCCAGAAAAAGCCAGUCUUAAUCAGACUGCUGGUCCCAUGGGAUUGUGGUUAUUUAUUUUGUGUAGAUGAUCCUUUUCCCUGUUGCUAGGGACACACUUUCCGUUUCUUUUCUUUUCUUUUUAAGGUCUAGUUCUCAUUUGAGGUGAUGAGUAUGUGCCUUGUCUGCACUGCUUCCAGACCUCCGGUGAGCGUCCACGUGACUGGAUGCUGCUCUGUGCCAGUGGCAACAAACAAACAUUCCCUGCAGGUAGAAAACUAGGGAGACAGGUUGUAUGUAGCCUUGCUUCUCCCCGAGAAGCUAGCUUUCUCUGUGAAGGGAAUGGUUUCUGAUGGAGGAUAAUUUCCAUCCGGUAAAUCUCCACUUGCAUUCUGGGUUCAGCCCAUCCCUGGUACAGUGGUACCUCGGGUUAAGUACUUAAUUCGUUCCGGAGGUCCGUUCUUAACCUGAAACUGUUCUUAACCUGAAGCACCACUUUAGCUAAGGGGGCCUCCCGCUGCCUCCGUGCCGCCGGAGCACGAUUUCUGUUCUCAUCCUGAAGCAAAGUUCUUAACCCGAGGUACUAUUUCUAGCGGAGUCUGUAACCUGAAGCGCCUGUAACCCAAGGUACCACUGCAUAAGGCAAAAGCUUCUUUUUUAAAAAACCAGCCAACCCAUCGUGCUUCUUGUGAAUGGGGUCUCCCGAUUUUGGGAUGAUUCAACAGAUGAGCUGAUUAGGGGCAGAGGUAGAAAACGUUUUCACCCUCACAUGAUGUGUCAGGCUACUGCAGGCCAGGAUGGGGGUUCUUUUUUGGGGGGGAGGGAGGUGUUGCCAUGAAGGAGCUUUCGGAAAAUCUGUUUCUGCUGCGCCUUCUAAGAUGUUCCACACCCAGGAGAGGUUUGCUCCUUGCUCUCCCCCUUCCACCCGCCCAGAUCGCUCUUAGGGCCACUUUCAAACAUGAUUGCCUUCUCUCCAGCGCUGUUAAAAAGCUUUCACCGUGUCAAUGCUCCAUGUGGAAUCAGCGAUAUCAAGCAUCAGUGCAUGAAUUAUUGGCAGGGGGCUGAUGUGCGGGAGGGUGCCGUAAUGAAACGGGGGAAAUAGGAAGCUGUCCUGGGCUGAGUGAUUUUGACUCCUCCAGCCUGGUUUGGUGAGCUCUGACUGAAUGCUGCUCUGCAGGAUCCCAAGCAGCGAAGGAUCUCCCCUGCCCCUUCUGCCUGAUCCUUUCAACUUGGGUGGUGAGGGACCUUUGGUCCUCUGGAUGCUGCUACACUACAACUCCCACCAUCCCUAGCUGUUGACCAUGCAGAGGCGGCUGGGAGUUGUAGUCCAGCAACAUCUGGGGGGCACUGGUUGCCUCACACUUGUUUUUGCUGAGGAUGAAGCCAGGGAACCAAGCAGGGGAUGAAGCCAAGCUGUUGCCCCUCCCCUAGCUAGCAGGACCAGUGGUCAGGGAUGAUGGGAAUUGUAGUCCCCAAACAGCUGGAGACCCAAGUUUGGGAAACACUUUUGUAGUGGGUUAAUAUUUGGGAGGCAUAGCCGGGGAAUGGAGCAAGCAGGGGCACAGCUCCUAAUAUCUAGAUACUACGGUAUUUUUAUACUCUGGCUUAAUGAAAUAAAACCUGGCAGCGAAAACGUAUGUGUGUGUUUGUCUUGUAAUGCAAAAUGCUACUUAAAAUAUAAGCCUACUAGAAUAUAUUUUUUAAAAGUGCAAUGGAUCUGUAACAGAUCAGCAGAGCAUUAUUAGUAGUAAAAUUGUUGUUUUUUUAAUGGUCAAAAGGCACCAGCUGCCCUCCGCUAAAAGCCUAAGAGUCAAGAGGAACUGUGUGCGGCCUGCCUUAGUUUCUGAGGCCCAUGUGUCAGUUCUGAGGUCUACCUCUGGGCUUGUGUUGUGCCUUGCCUGGCUGGUUGUGGGUGCUUUGAGUCUAAUUUGUGCUUAUUUAAUCAGGCUUAAAGCCAGAGAAGGGCCUUUAGUAAGGGGGGGAGACCUGUGGCCACCCACAUGUUGUUGGACUCCAACUCCCAUCAGCCCCUGCAAUGUCCAAUGUUCAGGGAUGAUGGGAAUUGGAGUCCUGCAACACCUGGAAGAUGACCAGGUCCCCCCAUCCCUGCCCUCCUCCAACUGACAGCCAACUUCCAGAAUCUAGAGGUUUCUGCUCCCCCUUACCCCAUCCCAUUUUUUAUCACAAGAGCACAGCGGCCAUUUUGGUUGCUGUGCUCUCGCGCAAUUUCAGAGCAUGAUUCCCCUCAAACAUGAUGGGGGGGCACACAAAAAGUGCUCUUUUUUGGGGGGGGAACUGUGAUGUGAAAUCGCGCAAGAUCACAGCAACCAAAAUGGCUGCCGUGUCCCCGCAAUAAAAAUAAAAUAAAAUGAAGAUGGGGUCCGGAAGAUGGCGUCCCAGAUUUUGGCUUCAAAGUGUUAGAGGGUAUGCAGAUUAUUAGCAUGGGAUCGCUUGGAGCUCGACUUGUGACCUUUGGUCUACAAGCAUGACAUUGUUGUAAGACAUCAGUUGUGUGGAGCAAUGGCGGCUGGAAGUCGCCAAGGAGAGUGGUCUUUUGAUAAAUUUCCUCCUGGCCCAUUCGCUAUGAGGCUUAACGCACACACCCCGAGUUUAAGAACUGAAACGUUGUGUAAAAACCAUUGACAAGAAGUCUUGUGGCACCUUAAACCCAGGCAAAUUUAUUAUGGCAUCGGUUUUCAUGGGCCAGAGUUUGCCUCAUAACACGGUUCACCCUCUGGAAAAACUGUGUAGGUUUAAUUGGUUUCUGUGAUGUUUGGGCUCUGGGCUCAAUCCAUACACCAUGGAUUAAAAUGUGGUCAAGGGUAUAUCCCAUGGGAAUCUCUGACUGGUAGAAAACUUUCCUGAAUGGGAUUUCAUUCCACUGCCAUAUAUAUAUAUAUAUAUAUAUAUAUAUAUAUAUAUAUAUUUCCUGUACUAAUUUUUUCUGCGGAAUUUUUUCCCUUUUUCAUAACAUCAUUAGUAACAAAUGCUGAUUGCCAAUGCCCUAUUACACGGCGGCUGGCAGGUUCAAAAGUUUUCAGCUUUCCUUUGCUAAAUACAAAUAAAAUAAAUCUGCAAAAUUAGAUCACAAGGGCAUCAAUGAAUUUCCCAAUGCGAAACCUUCUGGUGGAAAUGACCUUAUGGGAAUUAGCCUAAUGUGGAUGAGAAAAUUCUCCAGAAAAAUGUCUGUGGCUAAUUUUCUCCCCAUAAAAUUCACACCACAGUGUUUCAGGGAUCUUAAUUACAACCCUGCCUGUCUCUGUUCACACACACACACACACACACACACACACACACUUCCUUUCUGUUGGCACAUCACUGCUCUGCUUUCACCAUCCUAUUUAACAUCUCCUGUGAUUCUUCUCUGGGUGCGCCUGACUCUUCCUGAGCCUUUCACAAGAGCAGGGUGGGGAGUGAAGAAGAGCUGGCUGGUUGGGCGUGUGCUGAUCUGUCAGCGGCUGCGUGGGUAGCAUUCCUGAAUGGAGAGAUGCUUCUUUCUUCUGCCUUCCCACCCACCCUGACCCGCGUCACGGCAGGACCAUGACAGGUGGUGAAGUCCAGAGGCCCACCUAGUCCAGAAUUCUGCAAGCGGGAUUGGAUAUUUUUUCUCCCACUCUCUCAUAACACACAACUCCCGACACCCACAAUCUAUUGCUCCCCUUUUCUCUAAACUUUAAAAAAAAAAUAUCCCUCAAUGCAUCAGCCUUUCCUCAGUCAAGAGUCGUUCCAUCCACUGGUUCAUUUCGGUUGCCCUUGUCUGAUCCUUUCCCGCAGUAUCCUAGCUGUUCUCAACUAUUCCUCAUAGGAUUUGCUUUCCAGAUCCUCUCCGUCAACCGGUCUUCCUUUUCCGAACACGCGCCCCUUCGUCAACACCCUCUUUGGAGUGCCGUAGACAGCAUUCUGGAAGCGACAGGCUCAGCUUCCUUACAGGGCUUGUAAUUCUCCACUGGAUCCUAAUUCCACCCAGUGCAAAAAGAUGGGGAAGAAUUACCCUCCUUUUGUGUCUCUGCAAGAGGCUCUGCCCUGGCCUGGCUUGUUCCAGAGGUGCAACAGGCAGCCUCGCCUGAGGACGUUUCCUUCUGCUUGCCAUCCCGUUCACAGUCCAAGUGGAGUCUAGUUGGAAGGAAGCAAAUCCUACAGAGGCAGCUGCCUCUUAUUCUGGGGGUGGGUCCAUUGGCGCUCAUGGGAGCCUUUAAAUAAUUUUUUGGUGUGUUGCUUGCAGUGCGCUAAUGUGCCCCAAACGCACACUUUGGAAAUCAUUGCUUUGGGCUGUAGCAAAAGCAAUCGCUGAGAGUGUGGCGCCGUCUUAAAAAGAUAAACACAUUUUAUUGUGGUGCGCGAUUUUGUGGUGUCCACGGCUACCCUCCGUUUGUGUGGAAGGGGUUUUGUGCCCCCUUGACCCUUCCCAAACACGCCGCGUUUCCGCUCUCUGUUCCGCUACGGUAACCUAACUGCUCGUGACCGAUCUUAAAUUCAAUCUUGUUCCUUUGUUUUGUGCAGUGGCGUCUCUGCCGCGGAAUGCCGAGCAAAAACCAGCCGCUUGGAUCUUUUCGAGUUGCCUGGCUUUCUCUCUGCUAAGGCGCAUGCCAUAGAAAUGAUUGAAAGUGAGUUGAUGGGAAUCUGUGCAAAGUCCCAACCUGUCAACCUGCCUUCUGCUUCAAUAACUCGCAAGCAGCCCGUGCCCCAAUGCUGAGCGGUCUGGAGAGAAAUUGUGGCUUUCCUGAGCCCGAGCACCCCUCCUGCCAGUUGUGUUUCUGUAUGAUUCCCUGUUCUGGGCUGCCUCAUUCCCCAUUUAUUGUUUAUUAAAUUUGUAUGCCACCCCAUACCUGCAGACCCUCCAAGUGUCCCUAUUUUCCAGGGACAGUCCUGGAUUUACAGAAGCUGUCCCAGUUUCUGAUUUGAUCCCAGAAUGUCCCGCUUUUCCUUAGGACGUCCCUAUUUUUGUCUGAGAAAUGUUGGCGGGUAUGUAGUUAUGCGACCCCCCCAGGCCAAGGAGAUAAGUAACUAUACAACUUUUAGAAGACAUCUGAAGGCAGCCCUGUAUAGAGAAUGUUUAAUGUUUUAUUAUGUUUUUAUAUAUGUUGCAAGCCGCCCAGAGUGGCUGUGGCAACCCGGUCAGAUGGGUGCAGUAUAAAUAAAAAAAUAUUAUUGUUGUUGUUAGGGAAUAGAGUAUCCCUAUUUUCAGCAGAGAAAUGUUGGAGGUUAUGUACCCAUAGAUCUCAGGUCAGUUCACAAUAUAAAAUCACAAGAUAUAAAACACAAGAUAUAUAAUAAAAAGGACCUUGGAUGUCAAUCAGCCAAAGGCCUGGUUUAAGAGGAACUUUUUUGUCUGGCACCUAAAGGUGUAUAAUGAAGGCGCCAGGCGAACCUCCCUGGGGAAAUCAAUCCACAAAUGGGGAGCCACUGCAGAGAAGGCCCCGUUCUCUUGUUUCCACCCUCUGGCCCUCAGAGGAGGCACACAGAGAAGGGCCUCAAAAGGUGAUCCCAGGGUCCGGGUAGGUUCAUACGGAGAGAAAUGUGUUUAAGAAAGUGGUGUUCUAAGUUAUGUUUAGAAAUGCACACAAAAAGGAUUCGGGUUUUAUCUAGAGGUUAGUCAUAUUUAAGAGCCGACCCACUGAAAUGAAUGGACCUUAGUCACACCCAUCAGUUUCAAUGUAUUUACUCCUGAGUAUGACUAACGUUGACUCCAGCCCAAAAGCUGGAUUCGAAUGCUAAUCUUUUUGUGGAUUUUUAAAAAUUGAAAAAUAAAGAUAGUAUAUGUUUUGUGCAGGCCUGGCACAGAACAGACUUAUGAAUGAACAAUUCUGAAAUGGACAUGGAAAGGAAAUAAACCAGGGUUACCCAACAUUCUGUUCUCCAGAUACGGUUGAACUCCCAGUUCCCAUCACCCUGACCACUGGCCAUGCUAGCUGCGAUUAAUGGGAGUUCGGAGGGCACCAUUUUGGCUCCCCUUGAAAUAGGCAGAUCGGUUUUAUCCUUAAAAUCAUCCCUCCAACACAUACACACACCCUUACUUUGCAGGGAAUUGUCAUGGCACAGGAUGGGCUCCUCUUACUGCUUUUGCACCCAGUUAGACAACUUUUUGGAGGAUAAAGCCAAAUCGAUAGUUGCUGGCCCCUGUGGCUGUGUUUUCCCUCCCACGUCGGAGGCAGUGAUGUGCAUCUGAAUACCAGUUUGCUGUGAAUCACGAGUGAGGAGAGUUGCUUCUGAGCUCAGGUCCUGCUUAUGGGGUUCCUAUUGGGGCACCCACUGUUGGCCACUGUGAGAGCAGGAUGAUGCCCUGGCCUGAUCCAACAGCCAGGCUGUUUGUACAGUCAUACCUCAUGUUACAUUUGCUUCAGGUUGCGCGUUUUCAGGUUGCGUCCCGCGGCGACCCGGAAGUACCGGAAAGGGUUACUUCCGGGUUUUGCCGCUUGCGCAUGUGCAGAAGCGCAAAAAUAACAUCAUACGCAUGUGCAGAAGUGGCGAAUUGCUACCCGCACGUGCGCAGACGCGGCUUGCGUUCCUUUCAAGUUGCGAAUGGGGCUCCGGAACGGAUCCUGUUCGCAACCAGAGGUACCACUGUAUAUCCAAAUGCUCAUCAGUUAAAUUUGGAGGAAGGGCUGCCCCAUCCUUAUGAGAAGCCAGGGGAACAUGGGAACCAGGCUUAUAAUGAGCCAGAAUCUAACCCGCCAGGAUUUCAGGCCAGGGGGCACCCCCAGCCUUACCUGGCAUCCGCUGAUCUGCAGCCCUUCACUUCCAAUGUUUGCUGACGUCGCAUUGCUAAAUCCAGUUUGCUCCACUGAUGAUCUAUGACCCUUCCAGACAGCAGGAAAAAGGUUGCCUUAUACAGAGUCAGUCCAACUGGUCCAUCGGUGUCACCUACAAACUGACUGGCGGCAGCUCUCCAUGGUUUCCCUGCCACCAGGGUCUGAACCUGGAACUUUCAGCAUUCAAGGCAGAUGCGUCGCCAUGGAAUAAAGUUCAAGUUCUGGUCCUCCUGUUUCUGACGAAUGGGCUGGUUUUAAUUGGGAGCUGAUUUAUGACUUCAUUCCCAGCCCUACCUGGAGAUGCCAGGAUUGAACCUGGGUCCUUCUGCAUACAAAGCAGGUGCUCCUGCCAAGCUACAGGUCUUUUCUCUCUCCGAGUCACCUGGAAGCAGCAGCCGCAUCCUUCCCUGCGUCCGGACACAGACGGAGGAGAGGUUGAGAGCUCCAGCGCUGUGUAAACAGCACCAUCCCACCCAUUUGUACCUGUUUAAAGAGGGAUUACGCAUCUGAAGCAGAAAAUCCCCGAUUUUAAUACCAGUUCAAGGAGCCGGGCCUUUUUUAACAACAGGGAGGAAUCAACUUGAGGGCAGCCAAGGUGGGGCUCUCAUCUUCAUUAUUAUUUUUUGUGGGGGGGGAGAUGGUGGUGGCUGGCGGGAGAUCAGAGAGGUGCGGUUUUGACACGCCAGGCGAGUGCCAGUUGCAGCGAGCAGGGAAGAGAGCAGCACUCCAUCCGGAUCGGCAAGUUGGGGGGGGGAAUGCGCGGAACCUUAAUCCAGAUUAACCCCAGGGUGGAGAUUAAAGGGUAUUUUUUUUACAGUCAUCUUAAUCCUGUUAAGCAAAGCCCCUCUCCUCCUCCUCCUCCUCCUUUUUUCAAAUUCUCCUUUUGCGCGCUCUUUCUCUUUCUUUCUCUCUUCAUACAGCCGACCCAGCCAGGCUCUGAAGUCUUGAGCCAGGAUCGAGAAGAAUUGCACAGUUUUCUUAGAAGGACAAUAAAUAAGCUUCUCUCGGGAGUGUGUUAGAGGCAGCGUUGUUAAGUAUCAUAGGACUGCCUCCAUGCUGGCUGGGAAUUUGAUGCCACAACGUAGGAGUAAGCCCUGGAAGUUGUUUUGGUUAUUAUUAUUAUUAUUAUUAUUAUUAUUAUUAUUACUUUGGGUUGUUGUUUUUUUACCCCGGAACAAUAAAUCAAAGUCUUUUGUUAGGGUUGUCAUCAGAUUCCAUGAUAUAUUUCCGAUGUGACUAAUGUUCUUCGCUGAACAGGGUGCAAUAUAAAGGGAUAUUUUCAACCUGUUUUCUUUCUGAAUUGCCCCGGGAAUUGCCCCUUUCCAUGCCUGUUGUUGCUGUUGUUGUUUAGUCGUGUCCGACUCUUCGUGACCCCCUGGACCAGAGCACGCCAGGCCCUCCUGUCUUCCACUGCCUCCCACAGUUUGGUCAAACUCAUGCUGGUAGCUUCGAGAACACUGUCCAACCAUCUCGUCCUCUGUCCUCCCCUUCUCCUUGUGCCCUCCAUCUUUCCCAACAUCAGGGUCUUUUCCAGGGAGUCUUCUCAUCUCAUGAGGUGGCCAAAGUAUUGGAGCCUCAGCUUCAGGAUCUGUCCUUCCAGUGAGCACUCAGGGCUGAUUUCCUUCAGAAUGGAUCUUCUUGCAGUCCAUGGGACUCUCAAGAGUCUCCUCCAGCACCAGGAUUCAAAAGCAUUUCCAUGCCUAUCCCUACUCAUGUCUAACAUUGAAGGGGAGAGGUCGUUGCUCAAUGCAUAGAGUAGAUGCAUCAUUAUGUGCAGAAACUCCUGGGUUGAGAACAUAAGAGCCCCGCUGGAUCAGGCCAGUGGUCCAUCUAGUCCCUUUAUCCUGUUCUCACAGUGGCCAGAUAGAUGUCCCAGUUGGAACCCAGCAAGCGGAACCCAAGUGCAGGAUCCUUCCCUUCCUGCUUCCAACUGCUCCCACCCCCACCAAAAAAUCCUGGGAACUGUAGGCUAAAUGGUUUUUUUGGGGGGGGAUUACACUCUCAGCUACAAUUCCCAGCACCCCUAACUACAGUUCCCAGCAGUCUUCCGGGGGAAUGUGCCACGGCCCUUAAAGGGGUCUAAGAGUGCUUUGAGUGCAUGUCGUGGAUGUGACCAAAGAACUGUUUUAUUCUCAAACACCUUGCCUGGCCGGCCCUUGUGAACAUUUUCCUGCUUUCCCCCAUGCCCCUUAACGUUUUGACACGGCUACCUGUGUUUGAUCGGCGAGAAAGGAGCUUGAAAUGACAGCCGCCCUUUCUCGCAGCCCCUCGUGGGUGAUUCAAAUUGAUUACAGGCAGUCGGUUUGGCACAUACCUAACCGGUUAACGCAGAUCAGGGACAGGGGAGGCACAUUGGACUCCCAUCAGCCUUGGAACUUGGAGGGACUGGGGUUCUGCAUCUAGACCUAGAUCCAGAAACUCAGAUAUAUAAGCUGAUUGCCAAAUGGCACCUUAAACCUAGGUUAUGGUCGCCACAGGACAAUGGCUGGGUGCCCAUUCUAUCAGGAAGCUCACUGGGUGACCUUGGAGUCAGUCACAGACUCUUAACCUACCUCACAGGGUCGUUGUGGAGAUUAACUGAGGGGGGGAACCAUGUACACCUUGGAGAAAAAGGUGUGCUAUAAAUGCAAAAUAUGGUCUGAAGCUCAACAUCAAAAAAACGAAGAUCAUGGCCACUGGGCCCAUCACCUCCUGGUAAAUAGAAGGGGAAGAAUGGAGGCAGUAAGAGACUUUACCUUCUUGGGCUCGAUGAUCACUGCAGAUGGUGACAGCAGUCAUGAAAUUAAAAGACGCCUGCUCCUUGGGAGAAAGGCAAUGGCAAACCUAGACAGCAUCUUAAAAAGCAGAGACAUCACCUUGCCAACAAAGGUCCGUAUAGUUAAAGCCAUGGUUUUCUCAGUAGUGAUUUAUGGAAGUGAGAGCUGGACCAUCAAGAAGGCUGAUUGCCGGAGAAUUGAUGCUUUUGAAUUCUGGUGCUGGAGGAGACUCUUGAGAGUCCCAUGGACUGCAAGAAGAUCAAACCUCUCCAUUCUUAAGGAAAUCAGCCCUGAGUGCUCACUGGAAGGACAGAUCCUGAAGCUGAGGCUCCAAGACUUUGGCCACCUCAUGAGAAGAGAAGACUCUCUGGAAAAGACCCUGAUGUUGGGAAAGAUGGAGGGCACAAGAAGAAGGGGACGACAGAGGACGAGAUGGUUGGACAGUGGUUCUCGAAGCUACAAACAUGAGUCCGACCAAACUGCAGGAGGCGGUGGAAGACAGGAGUGCCUGGCGUGCUCUGGUCCGUGCGGUCACGAAGAGUCGGACAUGACUAAACGACUAAACAACAACAACAUAAAUGCAAUAAACAGGCUGUUCUGAUUACCUGCUUAAGAAAUCUGGAGGGGCCAGCCUGAUGGAGAUGUCAUUUGCCAAGCUGGCAUCCAGAUAUCUCCACAUGGUCACAACUGGACCUGUGCCAGUCGCAAAACACACCUGGAGGCUGUCUAAUUUCAAGCACUGCCUAGAUCAAUAACAGCUCUAUGCGCUUCUGGCCCAGGUUUGAGUAGUGAGGACUAGCAACUUGGCAUGUGUUUGGGCUAGACUCCAUCAGCCAGCCUGGCCAGUUGUCAGGAGUGAUGACAGGAGCUGAUAUCUAGCAAUUCCUGGGGGGCCCUGGCGUAAAUCAGUUGCUGCUCCCUGCCCUUCUGGGGCAGAUCCCACCCCCUUCAUUUUAUAAUGAAUAUACAGUGGUACCUCAGGUUACAUACGCUUCAGGUUACAUACGCUUCAGGUUACAGACUCCGCUAACUCAGAAAUGUGGUUCAAGUUAAGAACUUUGCUUCAGGAUGAGAACAGAAAUUGUGCUCCAGCGGCGCGGCAGCAGCAGGAGGUCCCAUUAGCUAAAGUGGUGCUUCAGGUUAAGAACAGUUUCAGGUUAAGUACGGAUCUCCAGAACGAAUUAAGUACUUAACCCGAGGUACCACUGUAGAACAAUUAUAGCAGCGGCUGAAAACGUAAACAUGAAAAACAGAACCAUAAAAUACUCAACGCAGAAUGAGUACUGUUCCACACGGGCUGAGGCACAAAGACCCAGUCACGGAAAAAGAGGAAACAAGAACAAAAGUUGUCCUCAAAGAAAGAAAGAAAAAGAAUAUUAGUGUUAUUUGAUUGUCAAGUUUAGUUCCAGAUUUGCCGGGCUUGUGACGACGGGUGCCUUGAAAAUGAUGGUUCAGCUGUGUAUGUAAUAAAGGGAUGUCAGAUCGUAUGAAAAGUGCCUGGAGGUUCCAGUCCUUGCUGAAAUCUCAAAUUCUGUGCAAUUUCCUCCAUUAUAGCUAUGUUCCAGAAUGAGUGAUAACAAGUGUUGGGUGUAAGAUUUCAGGCUGUUUUCCAUUGAGUUGCAAUUACUGACAGGGGUGAUUAGUGAGGACUACCAACUUAGCAUUUUUUUGGAGAGAAAUCUCUCGGAACUGGGAUUUCUAAUUUUUUUUUAUUUAUAGCUGUCUGUCUGUCUGCUCUUCUAUAUAAUGCCUUGAGAGCAGUUGUUUCUUUUGGACCAAGUUGUGAGGAGUAGCUGGAGAACCGAGUUCUGGUCUGCCUGGAUAGCUCAGCUGGUGAGAGCGCGUGGUGCUGAUAACAGCAAGGUUGCAGGUUCGACACCCGUAUGGGACAGUUGCAUAUUCCUGCAUUGAAGGAGGGUUAGACUAGAUGAUCCUCAGGGUCCCUUCCAGCUCUAUGGCUCUAUGAUUCCACACACACUCCGAUGCCACCUGUAGUUUGGCUCAUCUCCAGUUCCUUUGACAGCAAGUCCCCUCUGUAUCCUACAAAAGUCCCCACAGUCUCUUGACCCUGUCCUGUAACCAGAGGCCCUCCAGCUGCCAUCAUGAGAUCAUGGGGGGAAGAUUUAAAAAUAAAUGAAUUGCAAAUUGCUGUGGAAAUGUGGAGAACUGCAUUUAAGAUUGGAAGAAUUAAGAAAACAAAGCUAAACGGAAAUGGACAGAUUCAUCCAUCCGCCCAGGGUGGGGUGGGGGCUCUCUUUAUUCCUCCACCUGUAAAAAUGAUGCCAACAUAAUCCAAAUAUAGUCAGUCAAUGUGGACCACAACUCCCAUCAUCCCUGCCCAUCGGCCAUGCCAGCUGAGGCUGAUGAGAGUUGUAGUCUGAGAACGACAUUGUUGUUGUUGUUGUUGUCACUGCCCUUUAUCCAAAAAUCUCAGGGCGGUGUACACAGCAUUAGAAACUCCCAUUGUUCUAGGCACAUUUUGCAACAGGGAAUUUCAUUAGCGUGAUUUUUGAGCUCUGGGCACAGUACUUCCACAUAGGAAGGCUCCUUAUGGCCCAAGGUGAAUUGAUCCCAGACAGCUCAGACAGCCAAAUGUGGACUACAACUCCCAUUAUCCCUGGGCAUGGGCUGUGCUGGCUGAGGCUGAUGGGAGUUGUAGUCCAAGAACAUUGUUGUUGUUUAUUCAGUUUAUGUACCGCCCUUUAUCCAGAGAUCCCAGAGCUGUGUACAACAUUAAGAACAUAAUAUGUGCAGCAUUGUUGAACUACAGCUCCUUGCCCAUUGGCCAUGCUAGCUGGGGCUGAUGGGAGUCCCAUCCCUGCUUUAUAUACUCUGCAGGCCCAUUUAAUAUGUGAUCCCUGAUUGGUUGGGAUGUGUGUCAGUAUCAAGGGUUGGCAACCUGUGGCCCUCCAGAUGUUGCUGGACUCUACCUCCCAUCAUCCUGGACUAGGGGCCUUGCUGGCUGGGGCUGGUGGGAGUUGGAAUCCAACAACAUCUGGAGGGCCGAGGUCCCUCAUCCAGAGUGUCUCAGAGCAAGCAGGCCCUGCGUUCAAAUUCCCACUGGCCCCUAAAGCAAGGUGAGAAGCUGCAUCCUUCAAAAUCCCCCAUUUUCCAUUUCUGCAGAAAUCACACCCCCUUUCCGUAAGUCGCUUUGCAUUCUUUUGUCCUGAAAGAAGUGAUAAUAUAAUAAAUAUAAACUACUACUACUACUACUUGGAGGUGGUGUGGGGAACCUGAUUCUCAAGAAUCACAUUCGGACCUUUGGUCUUCUCUGUCUGGCCCUUGGGAGUCUCCUCAGGCCACACCCCUUCCUAGCAAGGGGUCUGUAGGUGUAGAACUAGCCGCCUUGUACAAAGGUUUAAAUUGCGUGUGUUGCCCCGCCCACUUUUGCCUCCAGCCCCGCCCAUCCCUAGCAUGCGGCCCCCAGAAUGGAAUGCGGCCCUCAGUCUGAAAAAGGACCCGCAGCCCUGAUGUUGCAGUAGAGAUUAUUCAUCCUAGCAUAUUUUUUUUAAUGGCAUUAUAAACCACAAAGCCUAAGACUUGCUGAUCAGAAGGUCGGCGGUUCGAAUCCCCGCGAUUGGGUGAGCUCCUGUUGCUCGGUCCCUGCUCCUGCCAACCUAGCAGUUCAAAAGCACACCAGUGCAAGUAGAUAAAUAGGUACCGCUCUGGCGGGAAGGUAAACGGCGUUUCCGUGCGCUGCUCUGGUUCACCAGAAGCGGCUUAGUCAUGCUGGCCACAUGACCCGGAAGCUGUACGCCGGCUCCCUCGGCCACUAAAGCGAGAUGAGCGCCGCAACCCCAGAGUCGGCCACGACUGGACCUAACGGUCAGGGGUCCCUUUACCUUUACCUUACCUAACCCCAAGCAAGGAGCUGAAGGUGGUUGCAUGUGGUUCUCCCAGUAUCCUCCUCACAACAGCCCUGUGAGGUAGGCUAGGCUGAGAGACAACCCUGUGAGCUUCAGAUACCAAAGCCCUAACGCACCCGCCCCCCAAUGUAAGUUAAUUGUGGGGAGGGUGGAAAUUGCAAGCCUUUUAGGAGAUUCUUUUCUGGGAUGGGUCGGGCGGUGGAGCCUUUCCCUUCCAGUUAAGAAAGAGUUCAGCCCCGCCGUGAGCGUUCGAAACGACAUUGGCUCACUGCGGUCAGAGAGCGCGCCAGCCUCGUCCGCGGAGAGAGCCUUGCCUCUUUGCGUUUAUGUCAGCAACACUCAAAUCUACCUUGUCAGGCCGAUGAAGCGUCUUUGAGAGGAAUUGGUCCCCGUCCAGUAAGAGGGAACAGCUUCUGGUGGUAGCGAAGGCUGGCGGUGUGACUGGGAAGAAGAGGAGGAUUCUGGGUAAAACCUGCGGCACUAGAACCAGGGUUACCAACAGGCUGGACUGGUAAUGGGAGGUUUUCUUGCUCAGCUGGGAUGGCCGCGUCUGGGAAGAGAAUUCACGGAGUACCAGGCUUCCUGGGGCUGGUAGCUGCAACGGCUAGGCUCUGUCGAAGACGGUAAUACUUCUGAAUGCCAGUUGCGGGAAACUGCAGGAAGGGAGAGUGUUCUUGUGGCCGAAUCUUGCUUGUGGGGUUCACAAUGAGGCAUCUGGUUGGCAACUGUGAAAACAGGAUGCAGGACUGGACGGGCCACUGUGCAGUGUUAGAAAUUACCGUAUUUUUUGCUCUAUAAGACUCACUUUUUCCCUCCUAAAAAGUAAGGGGAAAUGUGUGUGCGUCUUAUGGAGCGAAUGCAGGCUGCGCAGCUAUCCCAGAAGCCAGAACUGUUGCUCAGAGCUGUUCCGGCUUCUGGGAUUCAUAUUCCCGCCCCCCUUGUUUUCCUCCUCCAAAAACUAGGUGCGUCUUAUGGUCUGGUGCGUCUUAUAGAGCGAAAAAUAGUGCCAGGCUCAUUUUGCGACUGGCGCAGGGGUCCAAUUGCAACCCCGUGGAGAUCUCUGAAUGCCAGGUUUGUGACUGACACCUCCAUCUGGCUGUCCCCUCCAGCUUUCUUAAGCCAGUGAGUGGGGUGCAUUUACACCCCACCUUUUUCUCAAAGGACUCAAGAAGCUGAAAGCCAGGCUUCCUGACUGAGUGGGGAUUUGAACCCUGAUCUCCCAGGUCCCAGUCCAACACUCUAACCACUACAGCACCCUGGCCGCCUAGAGUCCUUCUGCUGUGGGGCAGCACUACAAAUUAAGUAGGUAAAUCAAUAUGGAGAAAAGGGCAAAUGUCCUUUAGCGAAGGAUCUGAAAUAGUUUCCUUGAAGCUUGUAUUUCUUUUAUUCUCGAUUGUUUUAUUGAUGUUUUAAGGUGUUGUCAACUGCUUUGGUUUUUUUUAAUUUAAAAUAUAAAGCAGUAUAGAAAUUGGAAAUAAUAAUAAUAAUAAUAAUAAUAAUAAUAAUAAACGGUGAUGGUGAAGAUGCAAUCGGGGGAUAGGGAUGGCACCUAGACAGUCUGUUGUGGCUACCACAACCCAGGUUUAAGGUACCAUUUGGGGAUCAGCUUAUAUACCUCAGUUUCUCACACUGCCCACUGGCCUGGCUUUUAUGUUCUUGAGUGAAUAGCUUGGCUUACUUGAGUCACCGGAAGCUGUUUGUCCUUUGAUGUGCUAGACCAGGGGUAGGCAACCUAAGGUCCAUGGGCCACAAGCGGCCCAUGGGGGUCAUUUAACCAGCCCAUAAGCAGCCCCCGAACUGAGCUACCCGUUCGGCGAGUCCCUGCGCGCUGCGCUAAAGCAGCACAGCAUGGGGACUCGCUUCCGCGGUGCCGGAAAUCACGUCUGUGCAGACGCCGGAAAUCGCGGGCGCAUGUGCUAAUGCGCGCGCAAAAUCAGGCCCACAGAGGGAUCUCCACUGGAGUGAACUGGCCCAGGCGAGGUAAACCUUGCUGACCCCAGGGCUACACUCAGUGCCUAUCAGUGGCUGCUAAUCAUGAUGGCUGCAGAUUUCCUUCCAGCUUUGGAGACAGCAGACCUCUGAAUAUCUGAGGUCUCCAGUAAGGAGAGUUGCUGUUGCACUCUGGUCCUGGAAUGGUGGGCUUUCCAGAGGUGUCUGGCUGGCCACACUGAGAACAGGAUGCUGGACUAGGUGGGCCAUGGGCCUGAUCCAACAGGUUCUUUUAUGAACGUUGCUGGGUUUCUUUAUCCCAUUCAUGUUUGGGGAACUUUUACGUUCGGGAGCCCCAGAACUCACAGCAGAAUAGGAAUCUUGAAUGGGGCGGUGGCAUCAUGGUGUUGUGUUCUGUGGGAAAAAGGUGAAUCCUUUUUGUCGUGGGUGGAUUUUAUUGGUGCUCAGCCCGUGUGAUCGCUAUAUGGGGGACUUAGCAGGAUUUAUUACGUUUUGAUCAGGACCCACGAAAGGAAGCUUUCUGCUGCUCCAGAGAAGCGGACACGGAGCAAUGGAUCCAAACUACAAGAAAGAAGAUUCCACCUAAACAUUAGGAAGAACUUCCUGACAGUAAGAGCUGUUUGACAGUGGAAUUUGCUGCCAAGGAGUGUGGUGGAGUCUCCUUCUUUGGAGGUCUUUAAGCAGAGGCUUGACAACCAUAUGUCAGGAGUGCUCUGAUGGUGUUUCCUGCUUGGCAGGGGGUUGGACUCGAUGGCCCUUGUGGUCUCUUCCAACUCUAUGAUUCUAUGAAGUGCUUCUUUGCACGGUUAAACUGUGGAAUUUGCUCACACAAGGGAAAGAAGUGGCCAACUUGGAUGGCUUUGACAGGGGGUGAGACAACACCCUCUUUUCCCACCUUGCCCCUCCACCCCUCCGGCCCAGCGUCUUCCCUCUUGAGAUGCCCCUGCGCCAGAGCGUUUAAGCGCCCGUCCCGUGGUCCCUUCUGCUGCCGCGCCUGGUGACUGGAGACCCGUCCGCCUGCAGCAGCGCCCGGCGUUUCCACUUCAAGGCGCUUCUUAUCUGCUCGAGCUCCACAGCAGCCGUGUGUUCGGAGGCCGCAAGCUGUUGAGAUGGAGAACCCUUCAAAGCGGCAGCCUCUCAGCUCCUGCGGGGGCCGCUGCCUCAGCCUCCUUUGUGCGCCCUGAACGGCUGGCUGGCUGGCUGGCUGGCUGCUCGCUCUCUGGGCAGGUGAGAGCUGUGGCCUCGCAGCUGCCACUGAUGCUGGGCAGAGAGAGGUCAAAAGCCCGGGGCCUUAAUCCCCAUCUAUGGAGGGGGGAGGCAGGCAGGGGCCAGGGAUGAAUGGGAUUGCAGGCAGAAAGUGAAGCCUCCAGGCUUGGAUCUGUGUCUCUGGGGGGGAAAGGUGAAGUCAAGGAAGGGUUGGUAAGCAUCUGCCUUUUAAACAGAGGGUCCACGUUCAGUCCCUGGCAUCUUCAAGUAUGGUUGGGAAUGUCCCCUGUCUGAAACCCUGGAGAGCCACUGCCAGUGUUUGAAAUUAGCCAGACGCCAGGAGCAUUUUGCACCUGGCUUUCAACCACUUGCGACCAAGUGAAGACCUGACAUCUCCAUCAUCUGAGGAUCCUUGGAUCUGGACUGUUUUCGCACACCAAGACCCCACCCUAUAGAAUUCCAUCGAUUAUAUUUUAUCUGCACAAUCGGAAAGAAUUUCUGGAACCAAAAUGCUUUUUCUGUGCGGCCUGAGCAGGAGCAAUGAACAAGGUUACAGUUAACCGUGUGGUUCCUGAGCAUGUGCAAAAUGCUUUUCCUUUCUGCUCUCCAGCUCCUGCACAUGGGAGGAGGGAGGGGAAUUUCAGAAGCACAGGAGGGUGUUGACUUUGGGCAGGGUUUGUUCCCCAGCGUUUUCCCCGUCCUUCAAAACAAAAUGCCUUUCAUCAGCAAAGGUGUCGACCGGUUGUUGCGCCCAGUUUUGUGGUGCUUUCUUCCUUUUCUCAGCAGGUGAAGGUGGAACUAAGUCCCCGAGGACAAGGCAGCUCCCCAAAACUGAGCUCGUGACUCAUGGGUGUCAAGCAAGCAGGACUUGGCUGCUGGUAACUGGGUGUCUCUACAGAGCAAGGUGGAAAAAAUGUCAACGAAGGGAGUUAGGAGGUGUGUUUAUGCCUGUGUGAACGAGGACAGAGCCCCAGGGCCUGUCAAGAGUGCCAGAAUUUGGGCUGAGAAACGUUUCCGCCAUACCUGACAUCUCCUGGCAGGGCUGGGAGAGAACCUGGUCUGAAAUCCUAGAGAGCUGCCAGUCAGUGUAGACAAUACUGAACUAAGGUGGACCAGUGUUUGAAAUUAGCCAGGCCCCGGGCACAUUUUGACCACUUGUGAUCAAGUGAAGGUGCCUGGGCACCAGGAUGGAGGUGCGUGCCUGGGGAUCAUGGGAUCUGGACUGCUUUCACAUACUAGCGACACAUCCUGUAGAAUUCGAUCAGUUAUAUUUUAUCCGCACAAUCAAAGAGUUAAGAACAAGCCAAGAUAAAUGUUCAGGUUGUCACCUGAACUAGCCAGAUGUUUAACCGAGAAUCAAUCGCAGUCAGUCCGUCAUUUGAAAAGUAAGACUUGAGAGCCGUCUUGCCCACAAAUGGCAACUACAGUCAUACCUCGGGUUACAGACGCUCCGGGUUGCGUGAUUUUGGGUUGCGCACCACACCGAACCCGGAAGUACUGGAACGGGUUACUUCCGGGGCUUGUGCAUGUGCAGAAGCGCUAAAUCGCGCUUUGUGCAUGCGCAGAAGCGCCUAAUCACAACCUGUGCUUGCGCAGACGUGGCGCUGCGGGUUGCGGACGCUAUGGGUUGCGAACGUGCUUCCCACACGGAUCACAUUUGCAACCCGAGCUUCCACUGUAGACGUUUCGUUUUAGCGACUGCAAUCUUGGCUUAAGGAGCCAUUUAGCACCUAGCUUAUGUAUCUUCAUUUCUAACACAGUCGUCUGACCUCUGUAAAAAGCAACUUCCCAUUCCCCUACUUGGGGAAGAACCAGCUUGGCUGCUGGGAGUUUGCUGAAGUAGCUGGGUCCUUUGGCGUGAUCCAACAGGGCUACUUUUAAGUUUGUUAUUGUGCAAAAGGCUUGCAGUGUGGCAUUGGGUGCCUUGUGCCUUGCCGAGUGCGAAUAGCUGUUCCUGCAAUGGAGACAUGUGUGCAGGGGGAGAGAUGGGGCUGCAGCACUUAACCGGGGGGGGGGGCAGUACUGGGGUGUUGGGGUCCCCGAGCGCAGGUGGCCGGGGUGUCCAGACAGGCGUUCCCGACCUGUGGCAGGCAACCUGAGCGCCGCUGGGGGUGGGCCGCGCUCUCCCUGGUGCCACACGGACCCCUUAAUUGAGUUGCCAGCUGCAGAUUGAUCGCUUAAUUAAAACUCAAUUAAAAAUCCCAUUGAUCUUGUUAGCCAAAGCGGGCAGGCUCUAGAUUUACUGGGGAUUUACCCGCGUGGCUGUUGUCGGGCGGACGAUGGCGAGAGGGAGGAAAUCUAAGAAAGUGUUUCUAGUUUGCUUCUCUCGCCAGGCUGAUGUUGCUUUCUGUUUCCCUCUCCCCAAAGCACAAAACUUGAGGUGUAUUUACUUGAGGAGUGAAGUCAUUCCUGAUGCAAACAUCUCAACCUUUGCCUCUGGCUCUUCAAACAUUCUGCCCCUUACAUUUUCCUCCAUCUUUCCUCCCAAAAGGUUUGUUUGCUUCCCACAACAAGCCUGCGAGGCGGCCUAGGAUGAAUGACUCAGUGCCCAAGGCUGUAUGGCAGAGCCUGGGUCUCCCCCGGCCUCUGAUCUUGACACUCUCCAGGGAUGGAGAACCCACAUGGCGACGGACUACAGUUCCCAUCCUCCCUGGUGAUCGGCCCUGCCGGCUGGGGCUGAUGGAAAUCGGAUCCUGACAACAUCUGGAGGGCCACAGAUGUUCAUCACCUUUGUGCUAGACCAAGGGUUGGUGCCCUCCUGGACUGCAACUCCCAUCAUCCCUAACCAUUUACCCCACAAGCUGGGAAUGAUAGGAAUUGUAGUCCAUCUGGAGGACUGUGCAUUGGCUGUUCCUGUGUUAACACCAUACCUGCAUCAUAUACUUGAGUCAUCUAGCUGUAGCUGUGGUAGUAGUAAUUAUUAUUAUUAUUAUUAUUAUUAUUUAUUUAUACCCCGUCCAUCUGGCUCCGUUUCCCAAGCCACUCUGGGCAGCUUCCAACAAAAGAUUAGGAUAGCACCUUUGCAUGCAGAAUGUCCCAGGCUCAAUCUCCUGAUAUCUCCAGAGGGACUGGAAACGUCCCCUUUCUGAACCCCUGGAGGGCUGCUGCCAGUCAGUGUAGACACUACUGAGCUAGAGGGACCCAGCGGCCUGACUCUGUAUAGGGCACCUUCCUGCGUUCCUACGGGAGACACAAAGGCCUGAGCAGACAAAUGAGCAGUCAGGCCCUCUCCCUGCGCCCUGCAGGCCUCUGCUUUCUUCCUCGCUAAAUAGAAAUCAACCAGAUCAAUUAAUUUAUUUGCAAUAAAUCCGACUUUGUCUUGUAGUAAAUAGCGUGCUUGGUCGCCUGUUCAAAUUGGUAGGGCAGGCAAGGAAGCUUUUAAUCGGCUCUUCCCCAAUAAAUGGGAUUGGGGGGGCAGGCAGGCUUCGCUGGCAGAGGCAAAGGUUCUUCUGAAGGCUAAUGGGUGGACAUCACAAGCGGGGAGCGUAGCUGGGUACUCUCAGGUCCGGCUUGCAGGCUAUUGUUGUUAGCCGCCCUGAGCCCGGCUUUGGCUGGGAAGGGCGGGAUAUAAAUAAAUUUUAUUAUUAUUAUUAUUUUUUAUUAUUAUUCCCAUUGAGGCAUCUUGGUGCGCCACUGGGAGAGCAGGAUGCUGGACAAUGGAGUGUGCCUCCGGGGGUGAAGUCAAAUCGCUGUGUUAGCAGCACCAAAGUCCCUAACUCACCAAGAGUUUGAGACCCUUGGUUUAGUCUUGAGACUUGGUUUAGUCAGCCAGUCAAAGCUGUUCCCCAGGUGUGGCCUCUGUCGCACGCUGCCAGCUUCUAAGAGCCACAGGUGAGAGCUGAGCUCAGGGUGGGGACCAAAGGUGAACAAAGUAGCCCAGAAGGAGCACAAUGUGUGGGUCCCCCAAAGUACCACCCCUCCCCGAAUACCCCCUGCACAUGCUGAACUAGGGGGUUGUUUAUGAGGCCUGAUCCAGCAGGGCUCUCUCCUAACGUCCUUUGGUAGCCUAGGUUUUAAUGCUGGGGUGGGGGUGUUUUUUCCUGCCCGAGGGCCGCAUUCCCUUCCAGGGGCCACAUGCAGGUGGUGGGCGGGGCCAGAGGGUGGGUGGAGCAGCAAAUGUAAAUUUCACCUUUCUACAAAAGACUAGUUUCUCUCCCACCCACCCUCUGUCUUCUCCUGCAUCCAGGCAUGCAAGAAACAUUAUGAGAGUUCAUGGACAUAUUCCAGCAGGGCAAAAAACAUUAAGGAAGGUACAGAGCACAGCCUAUUGAAGGAUGUGUUCUGGGGGCCUUACAGUGGGUCCCAAGGGCCUGAUGGAGAUGCCUGGGGGGGGUCACAAUUAGUCUCCAGGCUUGAAGUCCCUCAUCUCCAGUUCAGUGUUUCUGUUGGCUAGUUGAGCUCAGCAGGCCAACCUGUGCCCCCCCAGCUUUUUUGGGGGGGGGCAUGAAAGUGGGCCGCCCUUCACCCAUCUCCAAUAACUAAGUUCCCCUCUUCUCUCCUGCCCACUCCCGCCUCCCCCCACAGCAAAGUCUCUGCUGCUGUGUACUCUGUCGGGGAAAGAAAGUGUAAAAUCAAUGAGCUGUGUUGCUCUUAGCCGAUCAAUACCCUCCUCCCCACCCCACCCCCACCUCUCCAUGCACAAAGGCAAAGCUGGAGCGGAGGGCCGAGUGGCCGCCUGCACCGCGGGGUGGAGGUCUCCUCUGAGCCAGUGUCAUACAGUCUCUGGCAUAACCACAUGUGCACUCGCUCUUUGCGAUGUCUCGCUGCUAGAAGGCCAACAGAGGUGUGUGUGUGUGUGUGUGUGUGUGUCCGGUCCCCCCACCCGCAAAGCUUAAAAGGCACAAAUGGCCUGAAAGUUUUUCAAAAGAGGUAAAAGGCUGGAUGUGGGAGGGAUCUGUACUCGGAAAGGCUUCAGAUGGUGUGCUUGUUUAUUCUGCAAAAUUUUCAAUGACAUUAAGAAUACCUAAGUAUAUCUUCCUAUAUACAUAGAAAUGUAAGGCUGUCACCACGCAGCCCUCUUGGGAGGAUUUGUAGCAGCACCUCACAAUCCUAGAUUUGCAGGACGUUAGGGUGGCAGGUUGUAUAGGGGUUUAGUGGGGGGUGGAAUGGCAGGGGGGCGGUGAGUGGAGCAAGCAAGGGCACAGCCCCUUUGGUGUGUGUGUGUGUGUGUGUGUGUGUGUGUACGCACGCACACACACACCUACCCACCCCACACAACAACAACAAAUCUAGCAACAUCAACAAAUUUUAUUCUCUAGUCACAGACCCAAGAGCAAAUUUUAUUGUGCGGUCACAGACCUGGUGAGAAUAUAUAUAUAUAUAGCACGGUGAUAAACAGCAUAAAAUCAACCAUAGAAUUACAUUCAUAAAACCAGUACAAAACAACUUCACAAAAUCAGUAGGUCAGAUUUAAUACAGCAGCAUAGCUGGAUCACGCCUCAGGGAAGGUCUGGGAUGAGCAGAAUAUUAAGCAAGGGCCUAAACGCCAGCGCUGUCCUUGCCUGCUUGGCGUUCACCUGCGUUUGAGCCAUCUGCCAAAACUCAAGGGGCAAAUGGAACUCUGAGGUUCUUCUUCAUGCACACUUAGCCUAUGGAACUUACCGCCACUGGGUUUAUUUAUCUAUUUGCUACAUUGGUCUGCCUUGCCCAGUACUAUCUCCACUGACUGGCCACAGCUCUCCUUGGUUUCAGAGAGAGUGUCUCUCCUUGUCUUAUACGGAGAUACCUCCGGGGUUUGAAUUUGGCACCUUCUGCCUGUGAAGCAGAUGUUCCUUUCCCCAAAACUCCCUCGUACUGAGUCACACUAUGGGCUCAUCUAUCCCAGUGCUGCCUACGCUGACUGGCAGGGGCUCGCCAAGGGUCCGGGCAGCAGCCUCUCCUAGUCCUACACCUGAGAUCAAACCUGUGACCUUCUGUGUGCAAAGUGGAUGCUCUGCCACUAAGCCACGAGCUGCUGGAGAGCACAAGUCCCCACAUCCUGCUUCUGACUUGCCAGAUGCUGAGGCCUAAUAACGAGGGAAGGAUAUUCCCAUCAUGCCCUGCUGGUAACCCUCCCUGAGGCGUUUUCAUUGGCCGCUGUAGCAUUGAGCAGGAAUGCAUCGAGGAAGGAGGUUUCUUGGCCUGUUCCAAGAGCCCAGUUCUCCUCGAUGUGUCAUUUUGGGUACAACAUCCUCUCUCUCCCGCCCACCCACUGCUUCCCCUAGCCCUGCCCGUUUCUCUGUUGCCACGUGGCCAUCCUCUGCCAUCGCCGCAGCAGGCACCAGGCCGUCCCCACUGCACUGCCCCACCAGCCCCCCUUUUAGCCUGGCAGAUGGGCAACCCCUGGCACCUCUCCUUCCACCCCCCACCCUCUGUCCUCUGCCACUUGCCAGCGAUCUCGGGGGGCACUGGCGGGUUCCUGGGCUGCCGGACGCCGUGCCCGGGCAGCGCUCGUCGCUGGCGGUUCUGCCAGGGGAAAUCCAUCUGCCCGGCUCCGACAGGAUGAUGGAAGGUGCCUCUGCCCUGAAAGCGCCUGUUCUAAAAACCCAGCCGUGCAGAAGCGAUGUCGCUCCUGUUCCGCCGCGGUGCCUUAACCCUCCACGCACCGGCAGAAGGGGCAGGGAGACCUCCAGAUGCUGCCGAAGCUAACAGGAAACUGCUGCUGAGUAGUUUGGGGGGGGGGUCCUGGUUCCAGCAUCUUGGGUCCAGGUGGGGCUCUCCAGACCCCUCCCAGGAAACUCACAGGCAGGGCGUGAAAUCGCAGGAGUUACAUAGGUGGUUGCUAUAUACUAAGUCAGACCAUUGGUCGAUCUAGCUCAGUACUGCCUGCUCUGACUGGCAGCCACUCCCCAGGGUUCCCGAGUGAGUCUCUCUCCCACCUGGGGGGCCGUUGGGGUUUGGACCUUCUGUGUACAAAGCAGAUGUUGUGCCCUCCCCAGCUGUUUGUCCUCCGGUAUUCCAGGGUAGAGGGACGUGGGUGGCGCUGUGGGUUAAACCACAGAGCCUAGGACUUGCCGAUCAGAAGGUCGGCGGUUCGAAUUCCCGCAACGGGGUGAGCUCCCGUUGCUCGGUCCCUGCUCCUGCCAACCUAGCAGUUCGAAAGCACAUCAAAGUGCAAGUAGAUAAAUCGGUACCACUCCGGCGGGAAGGUAAACGGCGUUUCCGUGCUUUGCUCUGGUUCGCCAGAAGCGGCUUAGUCAUGCUGGCCACAUGACCCGGAAGCUGUCUGUGGACAAAUGCCAGCUCUCUUGACCAAUAAAGCGAGAUGAGCGCCACAAGCCCAGAGUCAUCCACGACUGGACCUAAUGGUCAGGGGUCCCUUUACCUUUAUUCCAUGGUAGACUAUCUCUGGACAUGGAUGCUUGACCGUCACUGCGUUGAGCUUAAGAGGCAUUUCUGUGCCUUAUUAGGACCGCCCUCUUGCAGGAGUCCCCCCUAGCCGCUAGUAUUUUCUUUCCGAAAGGAGCCAACCAUCUGCCCCAAGAAGGGCACAAAAGAAACGGCCCUCCUGCUCCCUCAAUCUGGGCAGUGUCACCCAGUAAUCAGGGACGAGGGGAGUUGCAGGCCCCAGCAGCUGCAUCUGGGGAGAACCGGCUUUUGGGGGUAGACUGCAUCUGAACAUGGAGGUUCUGCCUGUCAGCAGCUCCUCCUCUAUACCCUGCUAUAUAGCACCCAGCAACUGAUAGGCAUGUGUGGUGCAUAGUAGCCAGCCCCCAGCUCUUUUCUCUCUGUCUUUUAUUUAAAAUACUUUUUCCAUAUCCUGUGGGAUGGUGCAGAGAAGGUCCCAGGCCUUGAGCCUCUCCCUCGCCUACCCACAGAGCUCUUCCCUUCCCCAGCUCUGCUGCAAAGUUGGGAGAGGUUGGGGGGGGAGAAGAUCCCUCCAUGCGAGGAAGAGAGCCAAGGGAUGCCACGGGCGCAAGUGAGUUAUGGCAGGAAGGGGUGUCCUUUUCAGCACAGCAUCCAAGUGGCUGGGCACAGCAGCACGUUGUACUCGCCUGGGCAGGAGCCGAGCGUCAUCCUGGGCGGGGAUUUGGCCCGAGGGGGGUGCUGGGGUGGUUGUUGGCGGUUUGCAGCUGCGCUCUCUUUUGGAGAAGUCGAGGUGUGGCUCCAGCAUCCUCGAGGUCCUUUCGGAAGCGCAAGGAACCACACUGCUGUGUGUGUGUGUGUGUGUGUGUGUAGAGGAGUCAUAAUAACUUAAGAGGCCUGCCGGAUCAGGCCAAAGUCCCGUCUCCUCCAUCAUCCUGCAAGAGGACCUGAGCAACUCUCCCCACUCGCUGCUCCCGGCAACGGAGGCACAUCACUGACCCCGAGCGUGGAGGGAGAACAUAGAGGUUGUGGCUAGAAGCCACUGGCCACCCCCUUUUGGGAACCACCGGUCUGCACUGACUUGGCAGCAGCUGUCCAGGGUUUCAGGCAGCCCUCCCUGGCAAUGCUGGGGGAUUGAACCUGGGGCGUCCUGCCCCUGAGCCCUUCCCCCUGACAUGCAUUAGUGUGUCCAAAACUUAAGACUAUAACAUCAACCGAUCUGUGCUAUCAGAAUGGUUGGGAAAAUAAAAAUGCCAUUGCGUGGUCUGGAAGUGACGAGAAAGUUGAUGUCAGGUGAGCCUCCCUGGGCAACAGACGGAUAUUCAGAGUAGUGGACUUGAGGACCUUGGAGCCCAGGGUUCAAUUUCCCUACUCUGCAGUUGCCCCAACAGGAAGUGCAGACAAACUGCAGCUUUCACUUAAAACAGAAAAGGGCAGUUUCUAGUCCACAUGGAUGUGAAUGGAUUCAUUUACACAAACCAUUGGAUCCCACCCAACCCCCCGUUUGGCACUAGUUGGAUUCCUUUAAAUUCUGGAAAUGAGGUGAAGCGUGAUGUGGGACCUGCCAAUUUUUUAAUUUUUUUUUUUUUGCUGGACUACAACUCCCAUCAUCCCUGACCACCAGCCAUGCAGGAUGGGAUUUGGAUUCCCAACAACACCCAGAGGGCCACAGGUUUCCCCUCCGCCCCUAGUUUAGACAAAUCGCUGCCCAGCCCCCGAUUUUUAGCCCUGAGAAAAAAUUAUUCUCCUCUCCAGCCCUUCAGUUUAUUCCUGAGACUGUUUACCAGGCUGCCGAUAGUUCUAAUAGGUCCCACUGCAGAAAGCAAUCCCUGUGCGCUCUCUCUCUCUCCUGAGCCAUGGGGAGAGGCGAGGGUUGGGACUCUGGCUGUUGUUUUGCAUCUAAGUAGAAGUUUGUGGCUGGGUCGGAACCCGCUUGCUUACCGGGGUAAGAAUGCAGGCAGAGGUUCAACAGGGGAUGUUUCCCGUCACUUGGGGUAGAGGGGGAAGGUUGCUGUCCCUGUUGAAUUUUGCCUGCAGCUUCACUUACAGAAAAGGGAGAGGCGGUGUUUGAGCUGAAUUACUGCCUGCGUCUUCCCUGCGCAAAAAGGAGCUUUCCCCAGCGAGAGGAUAGAGAGCGGUGAUCUGAGCUCACUAUAUAAUUUCCACUGAGCACAAGGGACGCUGUCCCCCCUCCCCAAACACAGUCUUACGUUCAGCUUUGGAUCAGCUACAAAGUGCAAUCCUAUGCAUGCCUAUCCAGAAGGGAGGUCAGUGAGACUUUAUUCCCAGCAAAGGGUGCAUAGCCCAAGCAGCGUUAGAAACUCAUAUAAGCUGAUCGCCAAAUGGCACCUGUAGCCUAGGUUAUGCUUGCCACAACAGAAUGUCUAGGUGCCAUUCCCCACCCCCCAUGAAAUAAUAAUAAUAAUAAUAAUAAUUUAUCAUUUAUACCCUGCCCAUCUGGCCGGGCCUCCCCAGCCACUCUGGGCGGCUUCCAUAGAAACCAAAAAUACAGUAAAAUAUGUUGUUGUUGAUGAUUUCAUUUCUAUACCGCUUUAUAUCCUAAAGGAAAAGACUCAAAGCAGCUUACAUUAAAAAGAUAAAAUAAAGCAAUCCAUAAUAAAACAAGUUCAAGCUUCAAGGAAGUGCCUGGGUCCUUUUCCCACACUGACUGCAGCCAAGCUGGGCCUUCUGCAUCAUAUGCCUGGUACUUUGAGGAGGUAGAAGGUAAAGGGACCCCUGACCAUUCGGUCCAGUCGCGGACGACUCUGGGGUUGCGGCACUCAUCUUGCUUUAUUGGCCGAGGGAGCCGGCAUACAGCUUCCGGGUCAUGUGGCCAGCAUGACUAAGCCGCUUCUGGCGAACCAGAGCAGCGCAUGGAAACACCGUUUACCUUCCUGCUGGAGUGGUACCUAUUUAUCUACUUGCACUUUGACGUGCUUUCGAACUGCUAGGUUGGCAGGAGCAGGGACCAAGCAACGGGAGCUCACCCCGUCGCGGGGAUUCAAACCGCUGACCUUCUGAUUGGCAAGUCCUAGGCUCUGUGGUUUAGACCACAGCGCCACCCAUGACCCACACGGGUCUUUGAGGAGACCCAGGUGCAAAUUCCCCCCUCAGCCAUGAAACUCAGGCCUCAUGCCAUGCACAGCCCACAGCUUUCACCACCCCAGGGUCACAGCCUAGGAGAAAGGCACUCUACUAGUGUUCAGAGGCACCAUCCCUGGUUGCUAGGCCUGAGGUGGGGCAGCAAAGACACAGCUUCCUUGGUCUGCCUGCCCUUUCUCUGGGCUGUGCCAGUUAGGCCCUUUGGAAGUGCGGGCAGCGCCACACAGGAGGCAACGCAUUCCCCCCCCCCAAACCCCACACACAUCAAGGUGCAAUGAUCCGCCCCAGAGCAAAACGUUCAGCCUUCCAUCACCGGCUGCCUUUGAAGUGGUGUGAAAACGGCGUCUUGUGAAAAGGGAAGAGGCCAAGGCGGGUCGAGGGAGGGGUCAGCCCUCAUUGCGCCAGAGGAGCAGAAAGCGGCUGGCAGAAGGCCGCAAAUAAAGUCAGGCGAUCCCGCCCCGGACUAGCCCCUCACCGCCACUGCCGCACCCAGCCAAGCGAAAUUCCUAGGCCAGCACCUCAAAGGGCAGCGCCCGGAUUUCUGCAAGAAGCCUUGGCCGGGCUUCCAGACCUGCCUGGGGCGCACGACCAGGAAUAAUCCCAGGCAUUCAAGAUCCCUGACAGGUUGGGACCUGCCUGUGUUCGUCAGAGAAGCGUACGAAGGUGCUGUCUGUUGGGUCCGGCGGCUCACCCUGUCAAGGCCAGCGUUGUUUUGUCUGGGCUGGCAGGGACUCUGCAGCUUCUCCAGCAGAGGGCAGGCUUUCCCUUUGCCUCCUACCAAGUUCCCACAUCAGGGGCAGGGACACUCUGGUCCACAGGCCUCACUCUCUCACCCGCAGAUGUUUCCCACCAGGCCCUGCCCCCUGCUUAGAACCAUAGGAAUCUGCCUUUUGCCACCAAUGGUCAUUGAGCUCAGUGCUGUUUGCACUGGCUGGCAGCACCCAGUGAGGCAGGUUAGACUGAGUGCACAGAGUGCGAGAGAACUUCCUUGGAGGUUUUUAAGCAGGGGUUGGAUGGCCAUCUGUCAGGGAUGACCUAGUUGAGAUUCCUGCAUUGCCGGGGUUUGGGAUAGAUGACCCCUGGGUGUCCCUUCGGACUCUACAGUUCUGUGAUUCUAUGCACAUCUGGGCUGAAGGCAGGUCCUGGAUCUGUAAAGGUUGGAGACCUGCCGCUCUAAGCAGCCCCACUUGCACCCCGAUUGCCGGUGUUUCUCCAGCCUGUGCAAAUGGACUUGCGAGGCUGGAUUUGUUCCAGCUGCAAACCCUCUUCUGCCUCCCCUUCAUCCUCUUCUACCUCUUGGGUUUUGGGGGUAAGCGUUCAUCGAUUUUUAAACGCCUACAGAAUAGGCCAUUGAUUGCAAAAAGCUCCCGUUGCCAAAUUUUAAGAGGGAGCUGUGUGGGCACCGUUCUGUAUUAUUUAAACGGAUCUUAACAUGGAAGCCGCGUUGCAGGUUCCUGGGGGGACCAGGAAAGAGGGGGAGAUGCAUAUUGAACAUGCAUAUUAUUGCUGCGGAUUCCUGUACCCUGGCGAAAACAUUAGGUGCCUCCUGAAUCCGGGGCCUGUUGAAAAUGUGCUGGAACUGUGUGCUUUUAAAAGAAUUCUAUACAAGUACCCUGGCAGCCUUAAGACACGGUUGCUUUACACCUCUGUAGGUGCAGCUGAAUGUGUGAUCCCUGACUGGUUGGGAGGUGUGCCAAGGACAGGUGUGGGGAAACCUGCAGCCCUCCAGAUGUCGCUGGACUACAGUUCCCAGCACCCCUGACCAUUAGCUCUGCUGCAAGUUUGGGUCCAGCGCUGUCCUGAGAGCUGCAGGUCUCCCUUCUUAGCCCUUAAGACAGGGGUCAGCAAACUUUUUCAGCAGGGGGCCAGUCGAUUGUUCCUCAUACCUUGUGGGGGGCCCGGACUAUAUUGGGGGGGAGGAGGAAAUGAACGAAUUCCUAUGCCCCACAAAUAACCCAGAGAUGGAUUUUAAAUAAAAGGACACAUUCUACUCAUGUAAAAACACACUGAUUCCUGGACUGUCCGCGGGCCAGAUUUAGAACGCGAUUGGGCUGGAUCCAGCCCCCAGGCCUUAGUUUGCCUACCCAUGCCUUAAGAGGUAUCCACCUAUCUUGAGAGGCAUUCUUGCAUCUCUGCAUCUCUCCCAUGCAGCACAGAAUCAUAGAAUUUUAGAGCUAGAAGGGACCCCUAGGCGCAUCUGGUCCAACCCCCUGCAAUGCAGGAAUAUUUUGCGCAACGUGGGGCUCAAACCCAUGGCCCUGAGAUCAAGAGUCUCAUGCUCUACCCACUGAGCCACGCUGCUUCUUCGAGCAGGGCUGAGGAACCUGCAGUUCUCCAGAUGUUAAUAGUGUGUGUGAGAGUGUGUGUGUGUCGGACAGUGGCUUAUUCAGCGAGAGAGGUUGUGACAGAGGCAAAAUUUGAACCCAGGACUUUUCAGGCUCCUCAGGUCAGGGAUAGCUCGCCAGCUGCUGUUGUUGUUGGACUCCAGUUCCCAUCAUCCCCGACCAUGGGCCAUGCUGGCUGGGGGCUGAUGGGAGAUGGAGUCUGAGCACAUCUGAAGGGCCCCAGAGACCUCACAUCCCUGGCCAAAGAUGCUGCUUUUGAUGCUUGUGGAGGACCGUUUUUGAGCAGCUGAAAAGAGAUGCAGUUUGCAUCGGUUGCAAACCCCUGUUCCUCUAAACAGCAGAAGAGGGUCCUUUGUUGUCCUGCCCCUGGGCACGGGACUUGUUGGAGAGGCGACGAUGGCAGCACCUCCAGCCACAGUGUGGCGGUCCCUCCUCGCACAUGAAAGGAAGGUGGAGAGAGAGGCUGCCUGUCACUCUUGUCAAGGCCUCCGAUUUCAAGAUGUGCACACAAGGCGCUUUUGCUCGUUGGGCUGGAAAUCUGGAGGAGAUGACAGUGGCAAAGCGAUGGGCCAGCAGGGAGUUGCUGAAGGGUGUUUGUGUGUGUGUUUGUGUGUGAACGUUGCCCUUGGCUUCCUAGCAUGGGUACAGAACGGGGACGUGGUGAACUGUCCAUGUACGAACGUCAUGCGGAACAAUUGUUGUCGGACAGCGCUCGGCAGGGGCUGGGUCCUACCGCGCCGGCGACGCGGGGACCCUUAAAAACCACGGGCACGGAGUCCGUGGACAUGGGUGACUCGGCUUGCACCAUUAGCGCCCUCCCGACUCGUGAAGGAGCCUUUUAAAGGCUUCGGAUCGGGUGCCGGGAGUGGCGUGGUGCUUGAGUCCACUGCUGUCCCUGCCGAGCGCAGCCGCAUGCCAUUCGGCGGAGAGCGCUGACUUCUUCUAUUGAAAAUUUGGACUAUUAACAACAACCCGUGAGUAAUUGGGAAACCGGGUUCAAAAUUUUGGAUUUGGCACGAGCGGGGGCGAUUUAAAAAGGAAGUCAAUCCCCCUAUUGUAAACAUUCCAAAACAAGGACUGGGUAACCAAGGUCCAAAGGGAAGUAUGUCUUUGAUAAAAAUCAUUAAUUUCACGAUGGGAAAUUAUAAGAAAUGUGCUGGAGGAGAAGAGUGGAGGGUGAGAAGAAAAUGCAACCCCCCCCCUGGGAACCGGGGCGAUUCGUGGAGCUUGGUGAAGAGAGACGGAGACUUUGACAGCUGUCAAAGUGGCUGUCAAAGCUGGAGAAUAUAAAGAGGACUUUACGAGGACCUUGCUGGUUAAUUCUGUUACAAUUUGCUAUAAUAUGGAUAUAAACUGUUGGAAAAUAAGCAACAAUUUGACUUUUGGAUUAGAGGAUACAAAGUUAUUACAAUCCCCCUAGAGGGGUUUCGGGAUACUACAAGAACGGUCGUAAGUGGAAAAAUACCCUGGGAUUCGCACAGGAUUUGUUAUCUUCUGGGAAAGCUGCAAAACUGAAAGAGUAUUUUGUCUACAGAGGAAGACAAUGGAAUUUUUAUUGAAGAAAGAAAGGGACUGGACGUAAGUUUUUGUUCCUGAAUAACAAACCUCUGCAGAGACACUAGAUUUCUGAAUUAGAAAGUUUUAGCAGCUGAACAGGACAAGAAACCUGAGAAAGUGAGGAAUAAGAAGAAUAAAGGACUGAUUACGACACGGAAAGAACGACGGGAGGAGCGGUAAAGAUCAAGGAAAUUAAAGGCCUUUGUUAGAUUGGACAUUUGAAGUCAAAUAUUAUUUAAAUUAAUAAACUAAAAGAAAACCGGCAAGAUGGAAUCUGGGAGAAAUCUGGUCAUGAAAUGAGACUUCCAAGCUGAUAAUGUAUAGACUGAUGGACAUGGGGAAUUCAAACCGGGGAAGGGGGGGGGGGGAGAUUUGAAAUCCAAAGGCUGUGUAACUAUUUUUUGAAUUUUUCUAUAUCUCUUAUUUUCUAUUUCUUUACAUAACUUACGUAUGUUAUUUUACUUUGAUCGGACGUGUUUAAAAAAAGGGAAUUUGUGGAAGGAACUGGGGUGGAUCUUGGGGAUCUUUUUUCUUUUUCUGUUAAUGAUGUGGGACGGUGGUAAGAUUUGUACAAUUCAAUCUGGAUAGUGGGUUAAACAAAUUAAGUUUUAAAUUGGGAGUGAGAGCUUGUAGAACCAAAUUAAGGAAAGGGGAAUACAAUUGGGGGAGGGGGAGUCCCAGAAAGUCGGGAAUGACAGUAAGGUUUUUAAAUAUCUUUUUUCUUUUGUCUUUUUUCUUUGUAUUUUUAUAUUUUUGGAAACUUUAAUAAAUAUGAUUUAAAAAAAAAAACAAUUGUUGUCGGACAGCAACGGGGAGCCUGUGGGCCUCCAGAUGUUGCCGGACUGCAACUCCCAUCAACCCCCAGCCAGCAUGGUCAAUGGUUAGAGGUGAUGGGGGUCCAGCAAUACCUGGAGGGCCAAAGGCUCCCCACUGCAUACUGGACACACAUCCCAACCUAUCAGGGAUCACAUAUUAAAUGAACUCAGAGGUGUGACUCUAAAUCCCAUCAGUCCCAGCCAGUAGGGCCAAUGGUCAGGGGUGUUGGGAGUUGUAGUUCAACAGUGCAGAAUAUCCCACCAGACUUAGCUUGCAGUCGUUUUGAGCUUCCACUGUGCUUUGUGUUCUUGAUUUUGAUAAUCCUUACAAUGACGCUGUUAGGUCAGUUGGUAUUAGCCUUCUACAUCAGUUUCAGUUCCUGGGGUGCAGGGCAGUGGACAAACACGGCUACUUAAGUAAGAAAAGAGGGGGAGCCCCCUGAGCAUGUAAUGAGUGCUUUUCCUCUUUUCUGAGUGCUAUCAAUACCAAGGUUUUCUAGUAAGGAGGCCUGGCCUCGGGGUCUGAGACAGUAGCAGAGCAGAGAUGUGAUCGCUUGAGUUUCAGGUUCACCGCUUACUGUCUCCACCGCUACAGUGUGCAAGUUCUCAAGAGCAGAACUACAUUGCAAGAUAAGAGCAUCAGAUUUGGUAUCUGAGACUGGGGAAUAGGAGUCAUGCCAGAAGUAUAUAACAGCCUCGUUCUCUUUUGGAUCCCAGGCCUCCAGCGCUUGAGAACUUCACAAAACAGGCACACAGACAGCAGCCAAGCCCUGGCAGCUAGCAUUUGGAGGUAGACUGCCAUUGCACGAGGAAGCUCCAUUCUCAGCAUCCAUGGCAGACACCUUUCUUCAGCAGCUUAUGAAUUAGAAUCUCAGCCCUCCUUAGAAGGAUUGCUCUGCUGGGUUGGCCAGACAAGCUUCUUUUAAUCCAGCCUCUUUUUUCAUCCAAAGGCCUUUCCCAUGUUGCAUUUCCCCUGACCAUCACAGAUACACUGCCACUGGUUGUGGAGGUUCUGCUUCCCCAUUGCAGCCCGUAGCCAGUUCCCCCAUGGCACGAGACACACAUACACACACAUUGGGGUGCGUGUGUCUCAUGCCCAGCCGCCCCCUGGAAUCUGUCCCCAGCGCCUGGUCUUUAGAGGCGUUUUGGCGCCUUGCAUCUCGCUCCCCCCCCUAUCGGCGGCGCAAAGGGUUACGUCCCUCCGUGCCGCCGGUUCAGUGCUGCGCGGAGCCCGUGGCUAAUUAAUUGGCGGAGCCGUGCAUGCGUGCUGGUGUGUGGCCUGUCAGCCUGUCAGGAUUAUCAAAGCCCGGGCUCCCAAUCAGGCAGGAUUAGGCAGUGCCGGGGCCUCCCCUGAGCACAUCAGAGGGGCCUUGCGGUGCAGGAUCAGCGUAAUGGAAGCUCCCCAGGGGCGCCCUUUUAGAGCAUUAACGGGUAACAGGAUUAGUGCCAGCAGUGGUGGAGAAAGUGGGGAAGAAGGGGUGGGCGUCACGGGCGGGUUGGCUGCCGUUCCUCCGCACUCCACACACAGAAAACAAGAUUUCACCCCCUUUUAAGGCUCUCUCUUGCACCCACACGUUCUGCAAGUUGCCCCCAUCUUUGGGCAGCUUCCUUGAGGCAGAGAAGGCAAUGGACAGAGUCAGUUUGUGCCUCCCCAAAUGCAUAAAAACCGGAGGGGAUUUGAACUCGCUGCAGGCAGCCCCUUGUCCCCCGGCCACACCCCCUGCUUGGCGCUCUAGCCACUACACCACACUUCCUUCCUAGAGUACUUCUGCUAUUGGGCAGCUCUAUAAAUUAAGGUGGUAAAUAAAUAUGGGGAAAGCAAAAUGUCCCUUAGAUCUGAACUAUUUUCCUGGAAGUUUGCAUUUGUUUUAUUCCGGAUUGUUUUAUCUGAUGUUUUAAACUGCCUUGAGAUGUUUUCUUUAAAAUGUAAAGCGGUAUAGAAAUGCAAAUAAUAAUAACAAUAAUACAACAACUUACUGAGAAAAACAUUCUGUUGUGGUGGUCAUGGUAACCGAGUUUUAAGGUGCCAUUUGGUGAUCAGCUUAUAUAUCUGAGUUUCUUGCACUGUUACUUAGUGCCCCUAAACACAAUGGUUUGGUUUUAGCUGUCAUGCAAAUAAUAGCCUUCUCUAUCCUUCUCUGUCCCAAAUGUCUCUGGGUAAGACCAUCUCAACGGUGGGAGGGUGGGGGAAAUAUUGCUCUGGUUUGAUGCCUUGGGUAUUGGAGGCAGAGAACCUCACAGGGCUGCAAUUUCCAGAGCUGGUUUAGCAGUCAGUCCCUCUUCACAGGGAAUGCUGGGAAUUGUAGCUCCCGGGAUUCUUUGGAGGUGAAAACAUGCUUUCAAGAUAUGGUGUGUGCGUUAACGUGGCCCAGACCCAGAUGUGUGCAUUUCCCCCCUCUCUCUCAGCACACCUCAAUAGAGGAAAACGAGAGGAGGAGGGUAGAGGAGCACUUUUCCUGCUCCUCUCUUUGCAAGGGACCCCACCCUUCACCUCCACCUCUGCUCUUGCCUGCCCUUGCUCGUCAGCAAAGUUAUCUUAAUUGCUCAGUGGGAUGCAGUUAGCGUCAGUAGCCCUUGUGUGAGCUUUUUCUUUCUCUUUUCACACACUCACCCCUUACUGGGUGGCAGCAGCAACAGCAGCAGCCCCUGAUGGGAAAGCGUUGGCACAGCGCAACCCGCUUGGGCACUCCCUGGUGCCCGCCCAAAGGCUGAAAUCCCUCUUGCCCUGUUAGGAGCUGGCAACCAGCAGGGGUGAAACAGACAGGGAGGGGUGUGUGAUGCACAGCGUUAUCCGACACGAUCCCCUGAGAUUUGGGCACUGGCAGAAGGCGGCUCGUGUGGGGAGACUCGGCUGCCCCCUUGCCAGCCAGCUCCAGGAUUUAUUUAUUUAUUUAUGGGGGGGUGCCGACGAUGGGCCGCAGCCGGCAUUCCUGUGCCUUCCCCUUGUCAACUUUACAAAUUGAGUAAACGGCUGGGUUUGCACCAGGCUGGGAAUUGCAACUCCUGCCCUGGAAAAUAAAACGAGAUCAAGCAGAGGCGAGGCCCGAUUCCUUUCAAGAACAGAUGCAUCACUGAAAUACACACACAUGCAAUUAAGUGGGUCUGUUUCCCGCCUCCUAAGGGUGCCAGCCAUGCCCUUCCGCCAGGGUACUCCAUUCCAUCCCUACCCGAGUUUUGCAAAUGGGCAAAUUUUGCAACAGCCCACAGCUGUCAGUUCUCAUUGUGUGUUUUUCUUCCCUAGGGGAGGAUUUUCCCCUUGGAUUUUUUAAAAUAAAAAUUGUACUUGGUCAGCCCUGGAUAGCUCAGUGAGUUAGAGCCCGGUGCUGGUCACGCCAAGGUUGCAGGUUCAAGCCCCGUAUGAGACAUCUGCUUAUUCCUGCAUUGCAGGAGGUUGGACUAGAUGACACUCGUGGUCCCUUCCAACUCUACAAUUCUAUGAUUCUGCAAAUCUUGGGGACCCCCCUAAACAUGACGGGACCUCCCUCCCCCCCCAACCGGCCCCCUUUAGCUUCCUGGGACAUUGACACUUUUCCACAUGAGUUUGCUAUUGAAAUGAUUUGCCCCAGUUGGCGAUGACCCAUGACGGGGCCUCCUCGGUGGCCGUGCCCCGUUUGUGGAAUGAACACCUGCCCUAGUGGUGAGGUGCGUCAGUCUCCCUCGCUGUUUUCUUUGAGGAGAAAUGUAAAAACAUUCCUGUUUGCCAAGGCGUUUGAUGACUGAACAUCCUGUCCCUGCCAGUCCUGAAAUUCUUUGCUGGAGAGCGACUCCACAUUCUCAUUGUACUUCAAAAGCACUAUGAUACCACUUUAAAUCAUCAUGGCUUCCCCUACCAAAGAAUUCUGGGAACUGUAGUUUGCUAUGGGUGCUGCUGGAGUUGUUAGGAGGCCCCUAUAGCACAACAGUGCCAUAAUUCCCAGGUUCCCCCUGGGAGGAGGGAUCGAUUGUUAAACCACUCUGGGGGUUGUAGCUCUGUGAGAAGAAUAGAGGGGCCUCCUAGCAACUCUCUGCACAAACUACAGCUCCCAGGAUUCUUUGGGGGAAGCCAUGGCUGUUUAAAGUGGUAUCACAGCGCUUUAAAUGUAUGGCACGAAUGCAGCCUAGGUGAUUGCUCUUAGAAGUUUUGAACGUUGUUCUAAACUGCCUUGUGGACAUUUUAAUUGAAUCAGGAUUGAUAUGUUUUAAUUGUGUUAGCAUGGAUACGCUUCCUUCCUUCGGAGGAAGCCUCAAUCUAAUAAAUAAAAUUAUCUAUUAAGCUUAAUAAUUGUGUAGAAGACGGAUUGUCCUGAGCAUAGUAAUUCCUCUUUCCACACAAACGUACAGUAGUACCUCGGGUCACAGACGCUUCAGGUUACAGACUCUGCUAACCCAGAAAUAAUACCUCGGGUUAAGAACUUUGCUUCAGGAUGAGAACAGAAAUCGUGCAGCGGCAGCAGGAGGCCCAAUAGCUAAAGUGGUACCUCAGGUUAAGAACAGUUUCAGGCUAAGAACGGACCUCCAGAACGAAUUAAGUUCUUAACCCGAGGUACCACUGUAUUAAGGUUCUCCUUUCAGCCUUUCUGGGGCUACCUUAAGAGGGGCUUGUGAGCUGGGAGAGAUGGCCUUUCUUCUCCCUUGGAAGAGCCCUUAACCACAUUGUAGAGUGUUUGAUCUAAGCUUCACAGAAUCCUAGAGUUGGAAGGGACCACGAGGGUCAUUUAAUCCAACCCCCUGCAGUGCAGGAAUAUUUUACCCAACUUGGGGCUCAAACCCACAACCCUGAGAUUAAGAGACUCAUGCUCUACCAAGUGAGCUUGGGAUUCGUCCUGCAACAGAGUGAGCUGCUUGCAGUUAGCCUGUCCCCAUCAGCAGCCUAGCCCUCUGGGUGGGUAGGGCCAUUAUCAUUGCAAGGAAGCUAUCUUAGAGCUAGACUGCAACUGUUCCCUCCCUGUCUUUCAACAGCUUGGAGAGCGGCUUAAAGGGCUUUUCCCCCCGCCCCGCUCCUCAGCAUCCCUUUUCAAGUUCUUCAUAACCCCCCCACCCCCAAACACACACACACACACACACACACACACACACACGUCUUUCUCUUUGGCACAUCUUCCUUCUGGCUGCUGGAAUUUUCUCCCUUUCGGCAGAAAGUGUGUGGGUGUGUUUUUCCCCCCUUGAAAAAAUAAUUCCUGGGAUUGCCUUCAAAUCACAAGAGUCGGCAGUGCGUUUUAUGUAAAUAAUGAAUCCACCCACUACCACCCCACACCCCACUUUCCUCCUCCUGUUUCGUGAGGCUUUCGGGCGGCUGCACAACUUAUAGAAUUUGUGGUAAAAUUUAGAUACGGGAUUGAAAAAAUCUAAAAAUGAAAUCCAUCUUUAAAAUCACAUACACGGGGCUAUAAACACAACACUCGGCAGCAUUUAAAUAGCACAUGGGGAUUGGAAAGGGGAAAAUGAGUAGGAGACCGGUGGCUCUUUCUGGAAGGGAUGCAGCAGAGGGUUUUUGGGGGGGUCACCACCACAAAGGCCCCGUAAUCGAUUGCCACCCACCUCCUGAGGGAGGGAUGGGACACAGAGAAGGAUCUGAUUUUUAGUGGUUGGCCUGGUUCCUACUUCAGUCUGGUUUCGUGCACCAUCACAACACAAAAGGUGGUCCUGAACAUGCUGGUUUCCCCGUGCUUAGGACUGAUCUCUUUCUGCAGUGGCCCCAAGAAACCAGCCUGUGAUAACCCUGAAAGACAAAAUGUUUUUGGGUUCCUGCUCCCAUCAGCCGCAGCCAUUGUAGCCUGUGUCCACAGGUGAUGGCAGUUGUAGUUCAGCAACAUCCUUGACAGGUGUCCCAACCAAUCAGGGAACACAUAUUAAAUGCACCUGCAGAGGUGUAAAGCAGGGAUGAUGGGAGUUGUAGUUCAACAAUGCAGUGAAAAACAAUGUUCUUAAUGGGGUACACCCAGUGUUAGAUGGCACCACAAGCCAGGGUUAUGGGCACAAGAACGGAAUGUCUAAACACGCUUUUUUUAAUAACAAGAAUAAAAAGCUGAAAAUGAAUGAACACAUGGUCUAGUCCUUUCCCUGCCUGCUCCCUACCCCUAAUGUUCUUAAGAGGGUCUUUUCUCCAGUCUUCAGAGAGUGGCUGGAAGUGGGGAGGCAGAAAAAGGUGGUCCUUUCCUUCCACUCUGCAGUUUUAAUCGGAAAUCUUAGGCGCAGUACUGCGCCCAGGGCUCAGAAACAGAUCACGCUAAUGAAAUUCCCUGUUGCAAAAUGCGCCUGGAACAAUGGGAGUUUCUAACGCUGUGUACACCGCCCUGAGAUUUUUGGAUAAAGGGCAGUAUAUAGGUAAAUUGAAUCAACAACAACAACAACAACAUCGUUCUCGGACUACAACUCCCCUCAGCCUCCGCCGGCAUGGCCAAUGGGCAGGGAUAAUGGGAGUUGUGGUCCACAUUGACUAACUAUAUGUGGCUAUGUUGGCACCAUUUUUACUGGAGGCGGAAUAAAGAGAGUCCCUCCCCCAACUGGAUGGAUGAAUCUGUCCAUUUCAGUUUAGCUUUGUUUUCUUAAUUUUUCUAAUCUUAAAUGCAGUUCUCCACAUUUCCACAGCAAUUUGCAAUUCAUUUAUUUUUGCGCAAAAUAAAUGAUUUUUUUCUUUUUGGCAAUUCAUUUCUUUUGCGCAACUUUCUCCUGAUAAACACAUUUCUGCAUGCAGUUUUGGCUAAUACAUUUUUGCAAGCAGCUUUCUCUAAUAGAAGGAAACUUUAUAUCUUAUUUUCACCAAUGUGUGCAUUUUCCUGGAUGCCGUUCCCAGGGUGGCUGGGGAAACCCAGCCAGACGUGCAGGGUAUAAAUGUUGUUGUUGUUAUUGUUAUAUGCACACGUCUUUGCACAUAUCAAAUCACAGAGUUGGAAGGGACCACAAGGGUCAUCUAGUUCAACCCCCUACUUUUCCCCCAAUAUGUUUGGUGGGCCAAGAAAAUUGCAUUGCUCUCCAUUUUUAUUUUUACUUUUCUUGCAUUUUAUAUACCUCUUUCCCCUACCCCACCUCCCUAAGGAACCCAAGUUGGUAUAAAUGGUUCUCUCCUCCCAACAACAACCUUGACAGGUAGGCUAGGCUAAGAAACAGUGACCGGCCCAAGACCACAAACAUGCCGAUUAUUUAGAUUAGAAGUUUGCUCUUUUCCAUUUCCAUUUUUAAGUUACUUAUUUUCUGGACUUCCUCAUACCUCCCUCUUUUGUAUUCCAAUCCAAAUUGUUUGUCCAGCAAUUUCUUUUCCACUUUUUUAAUCCCAAUCUUUAGCUUAGAGAUAUUUAGAGAUAUUGUUUUUAAUUGUUUUGUUUUUUGUUCUUUUACUGUUGAAUCUUGUUUUUUUAUUUUUUCUCGUGUUUUUGUUAUAUGUAUUGUGUAUGUUUUUCUUUUCUCUCUUUGUUGUUUAAAACUUUAAUAAAAAUUAUUUAAAAAAAAAAAAAGAUUAGAAGUUUGCUUUCUUUCUAAACGAAAGCUGUAACUCACAGUUUACUGACUCCUGCCCCAAAAUCUGGACUUCCAGCCCAAGCAGCUGUCACUUAGCAUGCUUCACUUGCAUGGGGAUUCGAACCCUGCUCUCUCCCAGGUCCUAUUCCAACACCUUACCGGCUCUCAUCCUCAGUCCCCUGCCACCUCCAGCACCGCCCAAGAGUUUUAACAUAAGUUGCGUUUUGCAAAUUAGAAAUACAUAAUUUGCAGAGCGCAUCUGCACAGCAUGUGUGUCUGUGGCCAAUCGAUGUUUGGCGCCCUCCGUUUGACACAAGCUUGGAAAAGGAGAACAUGGGGAGGGUGCCUUGCACGGGUUCAAGCGAGAGGAUUGGAAGGGUCUGGGGGAGGCAGAGGGGUGGGGGGACGACACGGACGACCUCAUGGCUCAGGAAGGGGCACCAGAGUCUUCCCAGCCCGGCAUCCGCAGGUCGCGUCCGUUCCAGGCGCAUCGAGAUGACUGUUGCUUUCCAGACCGAUCUCGCGAGGUGUCAAUCACCGCGGCCCUAGACGCCCGAUGGCGUUAGGCUGACUCCUGUCAUUUAUACACGGGCAACCUGCAGAGCUGGGAGCGGGCCGAGGGGGGGACGGGGAGGGGGUUGGAUGGUAGGUGCAUGGUCUGGCUUGAUUAAAAAAUAUAUCCAUCAUAAAAUGGAUACAAAGCCAUCCUGCAAAAUGACUGCCCAGCACUGCUCGUCCCCUGGCCUCAAGCAAAAUUUGGAAGACUUUCAGUUCAACUGGCGUCCAACUAAGGCCGCAUUUGUAGCAUCCUAGAGCUUUAUGGAAGUGAGAGCUGGACCAUAAAGAAGGCUGAUCGCCAAAGAAUGGAUGCUUUUGAAUUCUGGUGCUGGAGGAGACUCUUGAGAGUCCCAUGGACUGCAAGAAGAUCAAACCUCUCCAUUCUGAAGGAAAUCAGCCCUGAGUGCUCACUGGAAGGACAGAUCCUGAAGCUGAGGCUCCAGUACUUUGGCCGCCUCAUGAGAAGAGAAGACUUCCCUGGAAAAGACCCUGAUGUUGGGAAAGAUGGAGGGCACAAGGAGAAGGGGACGACAGAGGAGGAGAUGGUGGGACAGUGUUCUCGAGGCUACCAGCAUGAGUUUGACCAAACUGCGGGAGGCAGUGGAAGACAGGAGUGCCUGGCGUGCUCUGGUUCAGGGGGGUCACACGACUAAACGACAACAACAAGAGUUUUAAGAGUUGAAAAGGACCUCCCCUCUAGGUUCACCCAGUCCAACCCCCUGAAAUGCAGAACUUGCAGCAGAAAGCAUCCCUGAUGCCACUCUGGUGUUAGCACCACUCAUUUAAAGCACACAAGGCUUUCCCCAUGGAAUUGUGGGAAGCGUCAUUUGUUAAGGGCGCUGGAGCUCUGUGAGGGUGCAAACUACAGUUCCCAUGAUUCUUGGGGGGGGGGUGGAGAGCUGUGACUGUUAAAAACGUAUAAAUGAUGCUUUGCAUUGUAUGGUGUGGGUGUGAAAACAAUGCACCGUUUUAUUUUUAUUCUAGCACUGUAACUGUUUCAAACGAGAAGCUAGGGUGACGUACUUCAUUCCUGCAUUGCAGGGGGUUGGACUAGAUGACCCCUGGGUCCAUUCCACCUCUACAGUUCUAUGAUUCUGUCUCCCAACCCUUCUCCCUUUUCAGCUUUCCAACAACCCUCCGAGGUAGGACAGACCAAAUGAGAGAGAGCAGUUGCUUGGAGGGAAACCCACCUGAGUGGCGAUUUGAACCCGGGUCUUUCCUCGCCCCCCCCCCAGCAGGACAGCACUGAAUACUUUUGCCUGUAUCAGUCAUGCAAAUGAGAGUGCAUUAUCAUAACUCCUGCCGUUGCAUUAUUUUUUAUUCUGGUUUUGCCAGCUGUAUGGGAGACAGAAUCUCCACCCUGCAUGCGCGCGCACACACACACACAUACACACAAACACAACCCCAGCCACCAGGAAGCUUGUUCAGCCACCCAUCAGGUCUCUGCUGUUUCAUCAGAUGACGUCCCCACACUCUUUAGUCCUGAGGGUCUGAAAGCAAAGGAGGCCUUUUCCUUACUGAGGGCCACAUGCUGGUGGUAGGCGAAGACAGAGGGAAAAGUGCGUGGAGCAACAGAUAUCAAUUUUACCUUCAAAGGUGCCUUGUUGUUGUUGUGGUUACUUCCCAAGUGUGCAGUCUAGGGUUCAUUUUGGACUCACAGCUGUCCAUGGAGGUCAAUUCUGUGUCCAGGGCAGCUGUCUACCAGCUCCACCUGGUACGCAGGCUGACACCCUCCCUGCCCGCGGACUGUCUCGCCAGAGUGGUGCAUGCUCUGGUUAUCUCCCGCUUGGACUACUGAAAUGCGCUCUACGUGGGGCUACCUUUGAAGGCGACCCAGAAACUACAACUAAUCCAGAAUGCGGCAGCUAGACUGGGGACUGGGAGUGGCCGCCGGGACCACAUAACACCGGUCCUGAGAGACCUACAUUGGCUCCCAGUACGUUUCUGAGGACAAUUCAAAGUGUUGGUGCUGACCUUUCAAGCCCUUAAACCAGGCAUAGGCAAACUCCGGCCCUCCAGAUGUUUGGGUCUACAAUUCCCAUCAUCCCUGACCACUGUUCCUGUUAGCUAGGGAUGAUGGGAGUUGUAGUCCCAAACAUCUGGAGGGCCGGAGUUUGCCUGUGCCUGCCCUAAACAGCCUCUGCCCAGUAUACCUGAAGGAGCGUCUCCACCCCCAUUAUUCAAGGGACAAACAGAGGGGCCUGGGGGACAAAUUCCACCCCUGCUCUGAGUGGGACUAUGUAACAUUGGUGUGGACUCGCUCGGAAAGUGCUCCUUCAUAGGCAGAGCUUGGUGGCCCUGUGUCAGGGAUUCCUUAGCUGUGAUUCCUGCAGCGCAGAGGGUUGGACUAGAUGAGGCUGGGAGUCCCUUCCAACCUCAAACAUGGUGAGUGCUGCACCCCCAGUACUGUAUUCUCUGCUCCUGCAGGGACUUGGGGCAGACAUAGCCCUGAUUACGGGGCUGCUUUUUGUAUUGGGAGGGCCCAGCGGACACGUUUCGUUGAAAUGAAUGGCAAGCUCAUCCCAAACUGGUGGAAAAGGUGCCAGGUUGUGUCCUGCGGCCUCUAGUGGUCGCCUCUUGGAACUUCAUCCCAAUCUUGGGCGUUGGGAGAACCCCAAACUCCUUGCUGUUGAUGGGGCGGGGGGGUCCUUUGGGCUGGGGGUGCAGUUGUCAUGUACUGGCAUUUAUACCCUUUCCUUGCUUUUACAUACAAAGGUAUUGAGACAGACUGUAGACUCUGUGCAAGUGUAUUAACACUUUUAAGACAUUGAUCAGUUUUUAUGUUAAUUUAAACUUGGGCUGUGACUGUGCUUUGUUAUCUAAGACAGCAGGUACCUUUCAGGAGGGAGCCACAACUUGCAUGUAGCAGCCUUGCGUUUUCUCUCUUCUCUCCGCCUCCCCCCCGCCCCCAUAAAGUGCAUACCAAAUCUGAUGUUCUUCAUCACCCCUAAUCAUUUUUACAUGAUUUUGUAAGGUGUGCUUAUUUUAAAUUGGGUUUAUUUGCUGCUUUAUCGUUUGCUGUAUCAUAGAAUUGUAGAGAUGGAAGGGACCACGAGGGUCAUCUAGUCCAACCCCCUGCAAAUGCAGGAAUCUUUCGCCCAAUGUGGGGUUUGAACCUGCAACCCUGAGAUUAAGAGUCUCAUACUGUAGCAACUGAGCUAUCCAAGGGCUGGGCUCCUUUGGGUGGAAGGAGGAGAUAAACUAAAUAAAUAAUUAGUCAUUGUGUUGUUGGCAUUCGAGAGGCAAUGGAAAAGUGACAUUAUUAACUAUUAAUAAUUCAUAGAUUAUUAUUGCCAAUAAUAAUAACAACAACCAUGGAUUGUAUCCAACUACUCAGCAUAGACCUGUCAAAAUGAAUGAAUCUAAAUUAGCCACAUCUAUUCAAGACAGCUCAGUAGGUAUCGCUAUGAGACUCUUAAUCUCAGGGCUUGGGGUUUGAGCCCCAAGUCGGGCCAAAAGUUUCCUGCAUUGCAGGGAGUUGGACUAGAUGGCCCUCGUGGUCCUUCCCAACUCUACAAUUCUAUAAUUCUAAUAUUGGUUUUGCUGAUUCCGAGUAUUUUGGAUAUCCUAUUUUGGAUUCCUAUUAUUUUAAUAAUAAUAUUUCCGCCUGUGUGCAAGUUCUGAAAAUUACACACGUGCGUGAAUGCUCCUUCCACAAACUGGGGAGUUGCGGUUUGUUUGUUUGUUUGUUUGUUUGUUUGUUUGCUUGGGACCAAUCCUGACUCUCCCCCCCUCCUUUCUCCUUCUCCUUCCCAGCUUGCGCCGCGAAGGCUACACGGUCCAGGUGAAUGUCAACGACUACCUGGACAUCUACUGCCCGCACUACAACGCCUCUGUGCCCGAGGGGCGCAUGGAGCAGUACAUCCUCUACAUGGUGAACCACGAGGGCUACCGGACGUGCAACAUCAGCCAGGGCUUCAAGCGCUGGGAGUGCAACCGGCCCCACGCUCCCCACAGCCCCAUCAAGUUCUCGGAGAAGUUCCAGCGCUACAGCGCCUUCUCGCUGGGCUACGAGUUCCACGCCGGACACGAGUAUUACUACAUCUGUGAGUCUUUGAGAUGCACCAUCCCAUAGUCCUUAAAUGCAAGGGGUGGGGUGCAGGGAUGGGGUUGAGUUCCAUCCCUGACACCAUCCAUUGAUGGAGAAAUGGGUCUCUGUUAGCAAGUGAUCGGAAGGACCUGUUUCUGAGGCUUGAAGGAUUUGGGAGAGCUCCCAGCUAGUCAAAACCGAAGUAGUCUUCUUGCACUGGGGCCUGGCUGAGGUUUUGGGUUGCAAGUCCCAUCAGCGCCAGCUGAGUUCCAACACAUCAGCCAGGGGCCCAAGGUUCAGGAACACUAGACAGGGAUGAGCUUGAUGAUGCAGCAGGCUUAUUCAGUAGAGGGAAACAUCUUGUGAACUCAGGGGAGGUCUUUGGAAAAAGGCCCAUAAACUCAAUGCUAAAGGAUUUGGGUUCAAUCCCCUUCGUCUUCUGAGCUAGAUGCACCAGUGGUCCGACUCAGGAUAAGGCAGCUUCCUGUGUCCCUAUUUAAGUGAACCUUUUAUCCAGAACGAUGAGGACUAGAAUCUUACUUUGGUAGCAGAGCACCUGCUUUGCAUGCAGAAGGUCCUGGGUCCAAUCUCCCGCUCCUGAUUUGAGUAGACAGUAGAGUCGAUUGAUUUGUGUUUAUAUCUCACCAUUCCUCUGAGAAGCUUGAGGAUGCACACAGUUUUCCAACCCUGCUUUUCCCCCAUCCUCACGACACCCAGCAAGGAGUGUUAGGGUUGAGACUGAGAGAGAGUGGCUGGUCACCCAGUGAGCUCAGUGGCUGAGUGGAGAUUUAAACCAGGGUCUCCCCAGUCCUAAUCCAACAAUCUUAAAUGCUUUGGCCGCAUCUGUACCUUAAAAUUAAAGCACUCCUAAGGACUCUUAGCACCUUGAAUAAGGUUUGGUUCCCAGGAGUCCAUGUAGGAAGCCAUGACUAUCUAAAGUGGUAUCAUAGUGCUAUAAAUGUGUAGGGCAAAUGAGGCCUCUAUCUCCCAUUAAGGCUGCUGAAAGGUCCAGAUAGUUAAAGACAGCUGAUUCUGCCCCACCCGACCAAUUUUUGAAAGGAAAUUCUUCCUUUCAGAUGUGUGCGCACACAUUUCCUCUGCCCUCCACACCUCUUACUCCUUGUGUCACCUGGCAGGGCUAAGUGGUCGCAUGUAUUUCUAGGGUCCACCAGGGGGCAGCCCUGGCUAAAGUUGGGCGCAGCUUUGCUCAGGCCCAAUCUACACCUUGAGAAGAAUCACAUGAUACGGGACAGGGUGGCUCCAGCGUGAAUGAGUGGAGGGAAGGAUCUGUUAGCUGGCUAAUGGGAGCUGGAGCCCAAGAACAUUGCUGAGCUACAGCUCCCAUCGUCCCUGACCACUGGCCACAUUGGCUGGGGCUGAUGGGCAUUGGAGACCAGAUGUGAUCCCUGAUUGGUUGGGAUGUGUAUCUGGUAUAGAAGUGGGAAUGCUGUGGCCCUCCAGGUCCAGUCCUGGACUAUGACUCCCAUUAUCCCUGAUGAUUGGUUGGGCUGGCUGCUGGGUGGCCAACAGUACCGGUUUGAGUGCUGGACUAGGACCUGGGAGAUCAGGGUUCAAAUCCCCACUCAGCUAUGAAGCCCACUGGGUGACUUGGGGCCAGUUACUCCCUCUCUCUCUCGGGCUAACCUACCUCAGAGAGUUGAAAUGGAAAUGAGGAUGAAAUGGCAAAGGGCAAGAAUCAUUAGAAUUGUAGAGGUGGGAGGGACCACAAGGAUCCAACCGCCUGCAAUGCAGGAAUCGUUUGCCCACCGUGGGGCUCGAACCUGCAACCCUGAGAUUGAGUCUCGUGCUCUACCAGCAGAGCUAUCCCAGUUUAUGUGUGUACACAAGGGAAAAAGUGUGAUGCAGGUGGCGCUGUGGGUUAAACCACAGAGCCUAGGACUUGCUGAUCAGAAGGUCGGCGGUUCGAAUCCCCGCUACGGGGUUAGCGCCCGUUGCUCGGUCCCUGCUCCUGCCAACCUAGCAGUUCGAAAGCUCGUCAAAGUGCAGGUAGAUAAAUAGGUACCACUCCGGCGGGAAGGUAAACGGCGUUUCUGUGCACUGCUCUGGUUUGCCAGAAGCGGCUUAGUCAUGCUGGCCACAUGACCCGGAAGCUGUAUGCCGGCUCCCUCGGCCAGUAAAGCAAGAUGAGCACCGCAACCCCAGAGUCAGUCACGACUGGACCUAAUGGUCAGGGGUCCCUUUACCCUUUACCUUUUUAAGGGAAAAAGUGGAGUGCAAAUGGAAUAAUGAAAUAGUUUCCCCCUCUCGUUUUACUCAUCCUCUACAACACACUGGCUUUUGUAGCUGUAGCCAGCGGGCCAAUUAGAAGACCCAAGUUUGCCAGUGGACUCUUUCCCUUCUCCUCCCACCCCCCCCUCAAAAAAUCCCCCUGCCUAUCCAGCCAGCAAAUGUUGCCGAGCACGUCUAUAAUGAGUACAACCAGAUCCGAGCGCGAGAUUAAACCUUUUACUAGAGAUUACGCUCCUCGCCUUCUUUAAAGGGAAGGAGAGACGGAGGACCGUGUUGAUCAAUUUGCUAAUGCUUCCUCCUUGCGUUGAAAGGCGGGGGAGUCCCUUGCCAAGGGCCCGGAUCCCGAAGGCGGCCAAGGAGCUUGGGGGGUGAGGGAGCCUUGAGGAACGGGCAAAGGUGGGGGUUGGUUAGUUCAGGCCGUGAUCCUUCCGGGGUGCAAACAGAUACGGAUCAAGUAAACAAGGCUGGCUGCCCUGAUUCUCAUCUGCAGAAUGUCAGCAGGUGGAAGGUGCGUUUCUGGGACCAGCGCCAGAAAUCCGGGCUGUUGGGCAACAGCCAAGGCCCCCCCCCAAGGGGUGGGGGCAGCAUGGAGCUGCUGGCUGACACAGAGUCAAAACAUUGCUCCAUCUAAGUCCAGUCGUUGUCUUGCAGUGCCUCUCCAGCCCUACUGGGGAUUCCACCUUCCGGAUGCAAAGCAAGUGCUCUGUCGCUGAGCACUUCCCCUCGAAAUAAAAGCGAGAUGCUGGUCCUCAAGAUUCUGGACGAAGGGCUGGUUUAAAUAAGAAGUUGCCUUAUAAAACAAGCAGUCGGACUGUUGGCCCGUCCAGCUCUGUAUUGUCUGCCCUGGACAGGGGCAGGGAGAUUUCUGCCUGCAGGGUCAGUCUCCUGCUGCUGAAACAUAGCACCUUCAUUGCAAAAGGGCCCCCAUGCAAAGGGCAUUUGCAGCUCAGAGGAUCUCAGGUCCUGGGGAGGAACUUAGCAUAUGGCUCAGGUAGACUGCCUUUGCCCAAGGAGGUUCCUUUUGACUUAGCUAAUAGAACCCCCCCCCCCCCGCUAUGAAUUUGUUGGGUGUGUGGGUGCCUAUUCUGCAAAUACACCUUUUCCUUUCUUUCUUAAGAAAGCAGGUAGGAAAAAAUGCCCCCCCCCCAACUGGCUGGCCACCGGGGAAAUAUGAUACUGGACUGGAUGGGCCACUGGGCCUGAUCCAGCAGGGCUCUUCUGAUCUCACAGCAGUUCAGAGCAGAACCUCCAUGUCCUACAGCAGUCUACCACUGAACAGUAGAUUGCAGGCUUCCCAUUGGGGCAUCCAGCUGGCCAAUGGGGGAACAGGAUCCUGGACUGGAUGGGCCUUUGGCCUGAUCCAGCAGCCUCUUCUGACGUUGCUUUCUGUUCUUUUCCAGCGACUCCAAUGCACAACCACCGCCGGGCCUGCCUCCGAAUGAAGGUCUUCGUCUGCUGCGCCUCCCGUGAGUGCCUGGCUCCUUUUCUCUUUUGAACCCCCACCUGGCACCCCCACCUCCCUGGGGCACACCCCCACCCCCGGUGUGCGCGAGACACAUCCCUUGUCCCAAGCGCUCUGAGCACGUUCAUCCCAUGCAAACACACAACUGCGUUGCAUCCAGCCAAGUUUGACUCAGUGUAGACCUGUUAGGAAAAAUGGGCACGCUCAUUCAAGUUAAUGGGUCUACUCUGAGAGGUGGAUACAAGCCCCUCAUUUUUCUUCUUCUGUGCUGCUUUAGAUAUCUGUGCCUGACCAAAGGGAGCAAGGAUUAUCUGGGGUGCAAAAGCCUGCAGAGGUCCCAAGCAGCCGACUUUUUCUCGCUCUGUUUGUGUUUCCAUGCUUUCUGCAAUUGCACCACAGAAUCUGGUGCUAAGCAAAGCAUACUGAGAAUCUUCAUUAUCAUUGCGCUGUUUUUAUUUUCCAAAGCGAAUUGCAAGCCCUCCUGGACAGGGUGCUGUGUAGAUACUUCUUAGAUAUUUUACCUCUUGCUUUUUCCUCCCUUCAAAAGCAAGCCGCUAGUCCUCAUGGUGGCGCUCUCUCUUGCUAACGCGCCCCCGUGUGGUGAAAUGGAGGUGCAACAGAAGGAAAGGUCGCCGGCAUGCCCAGAUGAAAAGGGGAUUUCGUAAUGUUUACGUUUCUCUCAUUCGGCGCACGGGGCGCGUUCCCAGACAGCAGACAAACCUCAGCGGCCGUUGUUUCUCGUUACUUUCCAGUGACAAACAGCCCCUCCUCGCCUGUGAGACUGACCUCCGGCUGUUUAAAUAAGUGCAUAAAUCCGCUGAAUAUUUCAUAACAUUUAUCGUCGCCGUUAAUUUAUUAAUCGCGUUCUACACAGCCUAUGCCAUUUACCCAAUACUUCCAUGCAAUGAUAUGGUUGCUGUAUUACGUAUUUACACACUGGCUUAUCUAUCAAAAUACCCAAAGCGUUUCCGACACAGAGCAGCAUGAAUAAUUUCGGGGGGGGGGGGGAGAGGCGCAGUGAGCACCAGAGGGCACUCAGCACCAGCCAUGCCUCUGUGUCUCCAUCCCAUAAUCUGGGGCCUUCCAGCUAUUUUUGGACUGCAACUCCCAUCAGCCCCAGUCAGCGCAGAGAUCCCUGAGCUAGAUGGACCAGGAAUCAGAAUAAGGCAGUGCCUCAUAUUCCUACAGCAGCUGUUUGGUCAAAACCAUGAGGACUAGAACAAUACUAUUAUAUUUAAAAGGAGGUCAGCAGUAGAGCACCUGCUUUGCAUGCAGAAGAUCCUAGGCUCAGUCCUCAGCAUCUCCAAGAAGGGCUGGGAAUGUCCCGUCUGAAAUGCUGCAGAGCUGCUGCCAGCCAGUGUAGACAGUAUUGAGCCAGGUGGACCAAUUGGUCUGACUCUGAAUAGGGCCGCUGCCUAUGUUCUGAUGGAGUCGAUUUGAAAAGGACACUAAGGCUUAACAGCCCGCUAAUGAUAAUCCACACUAAGGCUUAGCAAAAAGAAACGCAGUGACAGAUUUGUGCUCUGCGUGCACCCCAUAAUACUCCACUCCCAACAAGGUGCUGCUCGUCAUUUCUGACACACCCACAGCCCUCCUGGUGCAUGCUCCAUUUUCUCCCCCAAAAAACCUACGUUGUGUGUCACAUGACCCAGUGGCCUCGACUGACAUCUCAUCACCCCCAACCACAUACAAGGGGCACCCGGCUUGUUUGGGAGUUCCAGGGUGCCAGGGUUGGGGGGCAGCAAGCAUCAUUGGGAUGGGGUGGGUGGAAACCACAACAUAGGGGCGGUGGGGUUUGGGGCCUGGUUGCCGUCCUCUCUCCCCCCUGGGCAUAACCCUCUUCCCCCCCACCCUCUCCUGCCCACAGCGUCGCAUUCUGGGGAGAAAGCGGUUCCGACCCUCCCGCAGUUCACUAUAGGGCCCGAGGUGAAGAUCGAGGACUUGGGUGAGUGAUGCCCACAGUGCUCUCUCUCUCUCUCUGCUGGGGUGGGGGGCGGCAGGGGGCACUGGUUUUUCUCCCGGAGACUCAGCAAAACACCAGCCCCUCCCUGUUGGCAGUGCCCCCCUCCACUUGCUGGAAAGAGGGCAAGAACUUCUCCAGAAUUCUGUCUGUCCUGGACUGGGUAAUAAAGUUGUGGCGUAGCUGCCGUCUCCUUCCCCCAUACACCCAGAAUCCUUUACUGCCUGCCAUCCUGAAGGAGCUUUGAGCAGGAGACACUUGCUGCAGGAAGAGGGUCCCUGACCCUUGAGCUGUGGGGUAGCAGCCGUCUUCCUCCCUGAUACCCAGAACCCUUUGCUGCCUGCCAUCUUGAAGGAGCUUUGAGCAGGAGACACUUGCUGCAGGAAGAGGGUCCCUGACCCUUGAGCUAUGGAGUAGCAGCCGUCUUCCUCCCUGAUACCCAAAAUCCUUUGCUGCCCGCCAUCUUGAAGGCGCUUUGAGCAGGAGGCACUUGCCAGGGGAGGGGAGAGGGUGCCCAACUCCUUGCUAGAGUCCAAUCUUCCCCUUUUCUCUCUCUUUCUCUCUCUCUUUCUCCCCCCUUGCAGAUAAUUUUAACCCUGAGAUGCCUAAGCUGGAGAAAAGCAUCAGCGGGACGAGUCCGAAGCGGGAACACUUACCCUUGGCGGUGGCUGCUGCCCUCUUCCUCAUGACCCUGCUGGCCUCCUAGCCGCCCGUGAGUCGCCGCAGGAGAGGGGCCCCGACUCAAGCUCACCGACCCAGCCUGUGCCAGCGGCCCUCCCCGGUUUGUUUCUGAGGACAAGAAAAAGAGAGAAAACACCAGACCUUUUUUUAAUCUAUAUAUCAAAAGAAAUACAAUUCCAAAGGGAGGCAGCUUGAGGUGAUGCAGAGUGAGGAGGAAAGGCCCCAAGAUGGAGGACGACUGACCUUCCUGGCUGUGCUGCUCCUUCUUCCUGCUCCUGCUCCUCCCCACCAGCUGGGGGGGAGGGUUUCCUCCGCUUCUGAUUUUUCUAUCCCCCCCCCCGUCUGCCGCUCGCUGGGGCUGCUCAUGUGUGUGAGGGGAAUGGCGGGUAUUUCAGAGCAGGCCCUCCCUCUCCUGCGGACUUUCGGAGGGGCGGCCGGGGUUUUGUUUUGGUGUCCCAGAGAAGAAAAAAACCAGAAUAUGGCAUUUCCCUCCUCCUGCCGGGCUCCCAGUCUCUUUGGAGGACCGCAGCAAUAGGCAACCUGCCCGCCUUUUCCAAUGCCCCCCAUUGCAAAAAAAAAAGAAAAAAAGGCAUCUGGAGAGACAGAACCACCUUCAGGAACUUUUAAAAAAUGGCUCAGGUCAGGACACAGGGAGUGUUUUGCACGGCCUGAGAAAACUUUUGCAAAGGAGAGUUGUGCGCCCUGCGUAGGGGGUGUGGGCACCGUGCCCCAGGAAUGCCCACCCCAGAGAUAGGUGGCGGCGGCAGCAAAAUACACUGUCUUCCUGGUGACUCUCAAGCUGGAGGGUGCGUGUAGGGUGGGGGUGUGUGAUCUCCUAGCCCUCAACCCGAGGGGGGGGGUUACCUGUACAUAUCUCUUUAUGUGUCCUGUACAGAGAGAGAGGCUCUAUUAUCCGUGUCUAUAGAUUAUAUAAAAAAAACUGAUCAUGUAGUGGGGUGGGCACGGGGCGGGCACCGGCCCGCCUAUCUAAGCCAGAGUCUUUUGGGGUUUUGUUUUUUAGGUUUUUUUGGGUGGGGUGGGGGCGCGAUUCUUCCCUUUGUCUUCUGUGAAGACCGAACCUAUGCAAAAUGCACGGACACUUUUUUUUCGUUCCCGGGGGCAAAAAAACAACCAACCAACCAACUACACGGACAAAAAAACAAGCAAAGGAACUUUGGGGGUGGCAAGGUGGGGGUAGGGUUCUCCUUUUUUUUUUUUUUUUUUGGUGCCCCCUUCCUCCCCCACCCCACGAGAGCUUUGGCUGGUGAUUUUCAUAUACUUGCUCUUAGUCUAUUAAAAAAAAAUGAAAUAAAAGGUGGAGAAAAAAAAUACAUAUAAA